GUCGCGUUAAAAUCCGGCGAAGUGGUGUGUGUGCCCCGCCAGGCAGGCUUGUGUGUGCACUCACCAACUAACUCGCGUAGUCAGUCUUUUUCAGCUCGCACCGACUUAGCCGCCGCUGCCGCCGCUCCUGCUUUUUGUGUGUGAAUCGUGCCAUGAAUGAGCGGUGAAAAGAUGAACGAGGAGGCCGCCGCCCUGCUGCUGGGGCUGGCCGCCCCCAGGCCACAGACGGCCGCCGCCACAACCACCAUUAGCACCAUCGCUCUCAAGAGCGGCAACAAUACCGUGGUCAUCGCCCUUCUGCAGAGUGGCGACUGGGUGCAGCUGAAAGUGUUGGACACUUCGCCGCCCUUGACACAACUGGGCGCCAAUCUCGAGCAAGCCUCCGUCUUCUUGAGCGUGCACGACAAGCUGAUCAAGGAUCUGCAGGCGACACAUGAGUCUCCAGAAGAGUAUUUGCGCCAGCAGGUCGAGGCCAAGCUGGCCAGCACGAACGGAAACCCCGACGUGUACGCAGCGAUGGCCAACUCGCUGACUCAGGCGUGGCGAGACCUCAGCCUACUGUUCCGCGAGAGACGAAAUCUGCUUGUCCUCAACGUCAAUUACCACAGGAGUGCCGAGAGCUGCGUGGAACGAAUGCGACCGAUGCGAGAAAUCUUCUGCCAGGCGGUGGUGCCGAGCGACAAUGACGUCGUGUCCAAGACGAUAGCCGAGAUGAACGAGCGCCGACGCUCCAUGCUCGAGGCCUUCAUGGAGGCCCUUCUCAACGGCAAACUUCUCCUCGAGAAGCUGAGGGAAAUCGAGCAGGACGGAUCGGACAACUGGAGCCCAGGAAACACCAAAGCAGAGGCUAGAUCAGCCAUCGCUCAGGUGGAGCUAUGGAUGGAGGCGCUGCACGACAAGAGACGCGACCUGGACAAGCAGUGGGUUAAAUGGAAGGACGUGCUGAUCAAGGCAAGCGCUGUGUCCGCACUGUCGGCAGAGCUUGCCGAGGUGGAGGAAGCACUGCGCGUCAAACGCGACAGCCUAGCCGGCUUCCAGCAGCUCGGCGAAAAUGCCGCCAGCGCUGAGCUGCUGCUACGAGAGCACCACAGACUUGUCGCUGAGGCCAGGGAGCUGCAAAGCAGAGUGCUGAAAAUCACCAAGUCGAACGACGGGCUCAAUGUUAACCGCGACUUUGAAGGACGACUCGACCUGUUCUGGUGCAACCUGGCGUCACAUGCCUUCCUCGUGCUCAACCUGAGCGCCGAGUACCUGCACCUUCUUGAGUUCAGGAUCGAAAUUAUUUCCUUCCUCAUCGAAGCCCACACGGCACAGGUUAGGAUGGACCAGGUGGAGAGCGACCUGGCGUCCCUCGACAUUCCGUUGGGCAGUCCCAAUCUGGCCCAGGUGCACUUGCAUUUCUUCACCACCCUCGAGGAGAUUACCAAGGAGCCCAUCGAGAGAGGGCAGCUUUUGUUGGCAGCUGAGGAAACCACAAGGAAUGGCGCCACUAACGUCGUGAGAAAAGUGAUGGACGAACUGGAGAGGAGGAAGAGACUGAUCGAGAACCAGUGCGCCUCGCACCAGGAGACGACCCUGCACAUGGCUCAGGCGCUCACGCAGUUCUUGGACAAGUACAACGAGCUGCGCACCUGGCUAGACGACGAGGGCCGCAUGUUCCUGCAGAGCCACCAGGACUUGGGCUGCAACCUGGCACAAACGACGAGCUUCCAGGACAGCCACAGUGCUCUAAGUGACAAAAUGAAGCUGCGUUCCGUGGAUUUGGCGACGCUGAACUCGAUGGCGUCUGAGUUUGUGGACCACCUGUCUGCGGAGCAGCGCGACGAUAUCUGGCAAAAGAUGACCGAGUUGCGUGAGCAAUGGCACCGGCUGGAGGCCUGUCUGGUGAGGCGUGCCGACCUGUCCGAGCGGCUGUCCCGCUUCUACUCGCUCUCCAUCAAGCUGUCCAAGCAGAUGGAAGCGGCGGAAGAGGCUCUCAAGUCGGCGUCGCUGGAGCGGCGAGAAGGCAAACAGCCAAUCGCGCAGGAAUUCUGGCUCGAGUGUCAGCAAUCGCUGCUGCAACUCCAGGCGCAUGCCACCAAUUUCCUAGACGACGCCAAAGAGGAAAGCGACGACCCGCACUUGGCCCUGCCCGCAGCGCGGCUCUACGUCCAGCGCACGCUAGAGCACCAGCGCGCGCGCCACGCCGGCCUCGAGCGCUCGUGGGACGCGUGGCGCCAGCGGGAGGCAGCCCUGCUCCACGACUCGGCCCAGCUCCAGCAAAUCACCAUGGAAAUUGCAAAGACUCUGGACUGGGUGUCCCGGCUGGACUCGCAGCUUUACCCGAUUCUGGACACGGAGGAGACGAACCCGCGGAUUUUAGUGCGUCUGUUGGAGGACCGGCAGUCGCGAGUGGUGCCCGAGACCCAGAGGGCGCAGGCAGAGGUUGAACUGCGUCUCAACGCGGUGGAGACGCUUCAAGUGCAAGGAGAGUCGGCGAACCAGAGGGAAAGACUGAUCAAACAACUCGUCGAGCUGAAACAGCGCUUUGCCAUUUUGAUCGCAGACUACCACCUGCUCCUGCAGAUGCUGAUCGCCCUUUUCAAAAACACCAUUGAGCUAGAGAAAACAACCGACAAUGUGGCUAACCAGCUGAUGUCAACAAUCCUGCCGACCGACCCGGUGAGCGUGGAGAGAAUGAUCAAAGAGCACGAAGCAUCCAAGAACAUCGUGAUGGAGUUGUUCCGCUUCAACUCGGCGCAAAUCGAGCAGGUGGUGGACAAGAUCAAGAGGCAGGAGCCGAAGCAAGCUGCCCUGCUGGACGAGCGGAAGAUCUACGACAUCUUCAGCCGCAAGGAGGAGGUCUGGGAGCAAAACUGGCUGCAGCGCAAGGAGAGCAUGGAGCAGCACCUGCAAAGGUGCCAAUUCGACGCCGACCUCCAGCAGCUCAAUACGCAGCUCGCCGAACUCGGCGCCCAAAUGAGCAGAGUGCGUGGACAGCUCGGCGAGUCGCUUUCUACCGCCAGGGCAAACCAGGAGGCUUUUGUCACCUUUGAAAAGACCAUUGAGCUAUUAGAACGUCGUGUGACUACAUUUAUCAGCACGGCGGAAAGAUUAACCAGCGCUGAGCACAUGUCGGCCAACCACGUGCAGCAGGAGCUGGAGCGACUACACACUCGCUGGGCAGGCCUCAGGUCACAGGUGGCCGAGGUCAAACGCCUUAUCGACCUCAGCGUUCAGUACUUUAUUCUGCUAGAGCAGGCUGAGGAGUGGUUCAAGGAGGGAAGUCGACUUUUGGUGACAAUUGCUCGCAGGUCGACAUCCGUGAAAACGCCUGAAGAAGCAUCGAUCCUGCUUGACGAGGUUGACAGAUUCCUGAAAUCAGGAGAGGCCAAGCAGGAUGAGCGGAUCGAACAGAUAAAAUUUAUUGCUUCGCAGUUAUAUGGCGACAGCAAGAUAAAGCAGAUCACCACCGUUUUCAUUGACAGCAAAGAGAUGAUUGAGUCGUUCAGCAUAGUGAACACGGAAUUAAUCACGCUAACUCAAAAAUUGCAGAAUGACGAGAAGGAACGACUGCAAAAGGAGUCUGAAAUCUUGGCCGCUGCGAAGGCCGAAGCUGAGGCGGCCAAACAGAAGGCUGUGGAGGCCGAGCAGGCCAAGCGUGAAGCCGAGGAGGAAGCCGCGAGGGCGGCGGCCAGGGCUGCAGAGGAGGCACGCCGGGCGGCUGAAGCCGAGGUGGCCAGGCAGGCUGCUUCGGCCGCCGAGGAGGCCAGAAGAGCAAGUGAGUCGGACGCUGCGCGGCGUGCCAUUGAGGAGGCGGAGAACGCGAAGCGCCGGGCAGAGAUGGAGACCGCUCGCUUGACCGCCGAGAUGGAGAUGGUGGCUAGGCGUGCGGCCGAGGCCGACGCAGCCAGAGCAGCCGCGGCGGAAGAGGACGAGCGGCGAAGGAAACGGGACAGCGAGUCGGCGAGAAUUGCCUUACUGGAGGCGCAGAGAGCCUUCGAGGAGGAGGCCAGAAGGUCGGCUGCCCUGGCGGCUGAAGAGGCCAGGAGAGCGGCCGAGGCUAACAUGGAACGCCUGGUGGCCGAGGCAGCCGCCGAAGCGAGAAAAGCGGCUGCAGCUGAAGCGGCCAGGUCCGCGGCACAGGCCAUGGAGGAGGCGAGAAGGGUGUCAGAGGCCGAGGCGGCCAAAAUGGUAGCUGAGCAACAGAGAUAUUUCGCUCAAGCUGAAGCACAAAGACUCGCUCUUCAGGCAGCUGAGGACGCGAGGAAGGUGGCUGAAGCUGAGACUAUGAAAUUGGCUGCACAAGCGGCCGAGGAGGCCAGAAGAGCGGCUGAGGCAGAGAACGCGCGACGGGCCGCGGAGGCGGCGAGGAUUGAGGCUGAAAUCGAGGCGGCCAAGAAAGCGGCUGAAAAGGAUGCGGCGCUCAGGGCUGCCGCGGAGGCAGCGGCGCAGGAGGAGUUAAUGAAGGCCAAGCUCCAGGCGCACAGAGAAGAAUCGACGCAGACCCUGCCUAGCGCCUUCCCUCCCAAGUUCAUCGAGUCGCUCAACAGCGCGGUCAUCACAGAGGGAAGCGAUUUUGCAUUCCAGUGCAGAGUUACUGGUGAGCCAGAUCCAAAUAUUGAGUGGCUCAGAAAUGGCUCUUCAAUUGAGAACAACCCUCGUUACCUAAUCUCCCGUAUGACAGAAGGCAUCUGCAAGCUGGAAAUCACGAAAACGCUGCAGGACGACGCGGGCAGAUUUUCGUGCAGGGCCAUAAACGAGGCUGGAAGAGCCGAAGUCGAAGCGACCUUAUCCGUGAAAGAGCCUGUUCCGACGGUAAGCCCACCAACGUUCACUAAAACGCUGGAGAGUGCGCGAGUGAAGGAGGGCAGCAGCCACCAGCUCGAGUGCAUCGUGCAUGGCUAUCCUCUACCCACCGUCCAGUGGUACAAAAAUGGCGUGUGCGUCGACUCGUCGCCCGACUACACCAUCGGCUUCAACAACGGCCACGCGGUGCUUGUCCUGGACGAAGUGUCUCUCGAGGAUGAGGCUAUUUUCCUGUGCCAGGCCUACAACCGGCUUGGAAACUGCCGCUCUGAGGCUAAUCUCAUUGUAGAACCUAAGGUGAGGUCAAAAGCGCCUAUUUUCCUCAUGCCAUUGCUAGCGUCAACGGCGUUGGUGGGCGAAAAAUACGAGAUUCACUGCGAGAUUGAAGCAUCGCCUGAACCGAUAUUUUCGUGGUCCAAGGACGGUUUGCCGAUUGACCAAUCCAAAGAAGUAAAGGUCGUAAGGGACGGAGAUAAAUUCAAGUGUUUCUUGUCCGUGCCUCAAGUGAUUCCGCAAGAUUCUGGCGUUUACGUGAUCAGCGCCAAAAACGUUGCUGGAGAAGCAGUCAGCUCUUGCAAUAUAUCGGUCAAAGAAAUACUCAAGCAUGCACCUGCACCGCAAAUGGAACUGGAAAGCCAGGUUACCAAGCCAGUGAUCAAAAUGCAAUUAAAAGACGCUGACGCAGAAGAAGGUGACCAGUUCAAACUGGACACUAUCAUAUCUGGAGAUCCUGAACCAGAGGUCAUUUGGUAUCACAACGGAUCUCCGGUCAAGGAGUCAAAGUACGUGCAGCUUGGAUUCAAAGGCGACAGAUGCACUUUACUGGUGAAGCACGUCACUACAGAUGAUGCCGGCGAGUACAAAGUGGUUGCAAUUAACUCGGGCGGUGAGGUGUCUAGCACGUGCUCAGUUCAGAUACGUGGCAAAGCCGCCGAGUUCUUUGCAGAGCCGCCCCGAAUUGUCGGAUUUCCACCCAAGUUUAUAGUUCUGCUGUCGGACAUUCUGGUGCCCGAAGGAGAAACAGCUAAACUGGAGUGCGAAGUUGAAGGCAAACCCACUCCCCAGAUUCAGUGGUUAAUUAACAACAAUCCGAUAAGUGCCACUGACGGAGUCAGCAUGGUGCAUGAUGAAGAAAGUGGUAAAGUGAGCCUCGUCAUAAACGACGCUCAGGUUGUGCACAGAGGUGUGUACACCGCUAAAGCUAUUAACUCGCUUGGCAAUGCCAAAUGCUUCGCCCACCUUAUUGUACGAAGUCAUCAAGACUCGGACACCCCCGAAUUCUUUCACAAAGCUUUGGUGCAGGCCAAGCCGUCGUUCAAAGAGCAACUGCACGAUCAGUGUGCUUUCCACGGCGAUUCCGCCAAAUUUGAAUGUAUUGUAGUCGGCAAGCCAAUGCCGAAAGUGAAAUGGAUGUUCAAUGAUACGCCCGUCUCUGGAAGAGACUUUUUGAUUUCCACGAGUGGACAGAGACAGGUCCUGACCAUUCCCGAGACGAGACAAGAUCUCGUUGGAAUGUACACUUGCGUCGCAGAGAACGACGUUGGUAGAGCGAUGAGUUCAGCGCGGUUGAAAGUAGAAGCAAUUCCUGAAGAGUUUUUGGAAAUAGACCAAGGUGCUCUGGAGCAAACACCAGUGCAGAGUUCGUCAUUUACCGAGACUAGUCACAUGACCGUGCAAGGUUCGCGAACUGAAACGGAAACGCGAAGUUUCCACGAAAAUCGGAACCGAAUACUACAGAUGCAGAGGGUAGAGCAGGUGCACGUGGUCGGCAACGAACAGCCGCUGAGUCAACGCCAAUUCAGCACGGAGCAGCCACCAACAGCGUUGCUUGUACCAAAAGAGCGAAAGCCGGUGGCGCCCAAGUUUAUUUCGCCUCUUAAUGGCAAAAUCGUGGACCAAGGCGAUAACAUCCUUUUAGAAGGAAUUGUUGACGGUCAUCCAACGCCAAACGUAACGUGGCUCAAAAAUGGAUCAGAGUUGCCUUCAAACUGCGAGGUGACAUUCAAACACAACAAAGUGAGCCUCAUGAUCAAAGAAGUCGCGGUUAACGACGCGGGCAAAUACACUUGUAAAGCCGAAAAUGAAGCUGGCUACGCCAGUUCGACCGCGGACAUUGUGGUGAAAAAAACCAUUUUCCCGCCCGUCAUUGCGCGCAGACUGCAAGCACAGAUGAUUGGAGCCGGCGAGAGGGCAAGACUGGAGGUUGAGGUCGCUGGCACCCCCGAUCCAACGGUGAGCUGGUUCAAGGACGGAGUGUCUAUUGAGACGAUACCGGGCAUCACCGUUAAGCAACAGGGCUGCUGCCACUAUGUCGUUAUCGAUCAAGCGAGCUUCUCGCAUAGCGGAAUGUACUCGGUCAAAGCAGUUAACUCUGGAGGAGAAGCUAUUAGCAGUGCCGAUUUCCUGGUCGUUGACGCCAAACCAGAAAUUACUCUCGAGGUCAAGAAAUUGGUGUUUGAGGACAUUGAGGAAGAGAAACGGCUCCUGGAGCCUCAGCCAGUUAAGCAGGAAGUCGAGGUGAAAACUCAGAGCAACGUGCCAGCGACGCAAAACUUUGUCGACCAGAUCACGCGACAGUCUGAGAGCACCUUCCAGAGUUCGUUCCAAGAGACGUCCCAAACAAUGUCAAAGACUACGUUCUCGUCAACGCAACUCAACGGGUCGGAGGUGGUGCGAAACGCGUCGCCGGCCCCUGGAGGGCGUUUGCCCAACCCCCAGGGCAUCGCCAUGGAAAAGCUUUGGACCCCUUCCAGGGCCGAGUGCAACGAUAGACCGAUGUCUCCACGCCCUGGCUCCAGACAAGACACGCUGAGAGCCAGAAAUGAUGUGCCUGAUCGCUCAGCCUCUCCGCGGCCCAGCAACGAAGCGCUGCAGAUGGAGAAACUGUGGGCGCACAAAAUGGAGACGAAGAGUUACGCAACGGACUCGCAAAGCACGACUCAGCAGACAACAACGACAGACGUGAGGGAGCGAGAGGGUUCCGCCGGCCUGAAGAAACAAACGUGGCCGCCUCAAAGCUCGUUCGACAGUAGCAUCAAGCAGACCACGGUGCCCUGGCGGAAGGAGGAAAGCCAUGAUUCAUUCAGCCAGAUUAAGACAGAAGUCAAGGAGAACAGCGAGCCGCUCAUGGUUCCGACCCCGGCGCCGUUCUUCCAGCCGAUCAAGCCAGAAGUCCGACAUUACAUCGCGGAGACAACCGAUCUCGUUCACAAAACCAAGUACGAAACCGAGGACAUCAAGGAGGAGAUGAGCAUCACGAGAUCUUCUGAGUCGACGCAGGAGGCGCCUCCCAAUCCAAACGUGGUGACCGACCGGGGCGUGAAGCCAUCCGAGGCGAAGAAGAGAUGGGGGCAAAUGGACACGUCACCACCGAUGCCAAGAGCGCCCAAGUCGUCGCCUGCCCAGGCCCGCAAAGUGCAGCAGUCACCAGACAGCCACCGCUCCAUUUCACCCGUUUUCACGGUGAAGGCGUUCGAGCCCUUCCCACAGUUGGAACCAUUCCCGUUCGAGCCGGCCCCCGAAGGUCCCAAGAAGGACAGGGUGCCGCCGCCACCGACGCCGAGCAGGUUUGAAAAGGGCUCGUUUGUCGAGCGUGACGGCUCCAACGAGGAGUUUAAAAUUCCGCCCAAGUGGAAACCGACCUAUGAGAGCGACUCGGAGGAUAUAGCGUACAGAAAGGUGCAGCCGCCGUCGUCGGCCCAGAUCGCCAGGGCGCGGUCGACCGGCGCCGAAGCCCUUCCGCCGACCCAGUUCGAGACGCCGGCCGGGCUUGUCUCGUCGCUCGGACGCUACGGACUGACGCUCAGCGAUUUCUCGUCGGCCCUCGGCACGACCUCCACCAGCUCGUCCAGUUUCUCCUCGACCAGAGUGGAACAGCACGUCCGAUCGACGUCGUCGACAGCAGUGCAAGGUGUAGUCUACCAGCAGUCGACGCCAGUUGCAUUCGCGCCGACACCGACCCCUGGCUACGCGCCGACGCCGACAUUUGCACCGACGCCGACUUUCGCCCCAACGCCCACUUUCGGCCGCCCGGGGGAUGCCGCGCCACCCGUCUUCGAACAGAUUUUCCGCAAUGCCAGAUUUGCACAGGAUGGCAAUGCGACUUUCGAAGGACGCGUGCGUGGCAACCCAAAGCCGACCGUCUCGUGGACAAAGCAGGGUGUAACCAUUAACGAAUCGGCAAAAUAUAAAAUGCACUACGACGAUGUCAAAGGCGACGUGUCGCUGGUAAUCGUGCAGAUCGGUCCCGGCGACGAGGGCGAGUAUACGUGCACAGCGACCAACCAGUACGGAGAGGCCAUCUGCUCGAUCCGCAUCCAGCCCGAAGGCCAGGGCAACGCCGGCAUGCGGACGCUGCACCAGCAGCAGCAGCAGCAACAACAAAUUCAACAACAACAGAUUCAGCUGCAACAGCAGCAGCAAUCCUCGACUGUGAUCCAGGGUGGUUACCGCAAGGAAUAUGCACAGACCUUCGAAACCACCCAGCAGGUGACUGGAACCCAAGAGACUUCUUCGUACCAGAAAAGCUCCUCGCUCGGCAGGACGACGUACUCGAACGGCACAAACGGUCACGUCAGCACGUCGAUCGCGGAGGACUUUAAGGUGGAUACUUUUGAGUACAGACUGCUGCGAGAGAAAGAGUACCGCCAGUCGCUGACGCGUCGAGAGGCCGGAGAGGCAGACGCUGAGGUGUCGCAGGCCGCCGCACAGGGCCCUAUUGCGCCACCUCAGAUCGCGCAGAAGGCGCGCAACUCGAAGCUGCUCGAGGGAUCCGACGCCACUUUCGCAGUUAAAGUGUCCGCCAACCCUCCGCCCAGGCUAUCUUGGUUCAAGAACGGUGUACGCAUUCAGAUCAACGACAAAUAUGAGAGCACCUACACAAACCAGAAUGCAACACUGCAAAUCAAGAAAGUCAAGGCAGAGGAUAAUGGACACUACACCCUCCUUGCUGAGAAUCCACAAGGCUGUAUUGUUUCUUCCGCUUAUCUGGCCGUCGAGUCCUCUGGAGUUUACGACGAGCACCUUAAAACCCACAUUGAGAGCACGCAGCAGGUGCAGAGCCAGCAAAUCGUGCAGGAGAGCACGGAGGACAGCAGCAAGAGUUUGGCGCCAAACUUCCUUCGCGUCUGCACUGACCGCGAGGUCACCGAGGGCAAGAUGACCCGCUUUGACUGCAGGGUCACCGGCAGGCCCUACCCCGAGGUAACGUGGUACCUGAACGGCAGGCCGAUCAGCGACGACACCACCCACAAGGUGCUCGUCAACGAGUCUGGCAACCACGCACUGAUGAUCACCAAUGUCCACCGCACCGACGCAGGAACGAUCGCCUGCGUUGCCCGCAACAAGUCUGGCGAGACGAGUUUCGAAUGCCAGCUGAAUGUGGUUGAGAAAGAACAGGUUGUUGCUCCAAAGUUCGUCGAGCGCUUCACCACCGUCACCGUGAAGCAGGGCGAGCCUGUUAUCCUCACCGCCAGGGCUGUUGGAACCCCCAUCCCACGCAUUACUUGGCAAAAGGAUGGUGUUCCGAUUUCCUCUGGACCCGAACUGAUAAUUUCCACCGAGGGUGGCGCUUCUACCCUCGACAUCGGCUGUGCUAAAAUUACGGAUGCGGCUUGGUACCAGUGCACCGCGCAGAACAUUGCCGGCUCCACUGCCACGCGCGCCCGUCUAUUUGUUGAGACUCCAAAGGGUUCCACCCCAGAGCCCAGACGCCUUAAUCUUCCCAGGCCUACCAAGGUCAUCGAACCUGAAAUCGCUCCUUCGCCUGAGGUGAUCUUCCUCAAGCCAGUGGAGCGUGCCAAGCCACACACCCCGCAGCCUGAGCCUGAAAGACAGUAUCCUCCACCUCAAUUCGUUGUGCCAUUGCAGGACAUCGCCCAAAGCGAAGGCGGAAGGAUCAAGUUCGAGGCCAGGGUCGAGCCCAACAAUGACCCCACUCUCACUGUUGAGUGGUACGUCAACGGAAAGCCUCUGCCUGCAAGCUCCAGAGCGAACACCUCGUUCCGCUUUGGGUACAUCUCGCUGGAGCUGAUGUCUAUCAUCUACGAAGACAGCGGCGAGUACGUAUGCCGCGUCACCAGCGCCACUGGAGUGGCUCAGUCGCAGGCCCUGCUCUCGGUUACCGCGAAGGCGACGGUCGAGCAGCAGAGCCAGUAUCCCGACAGCCUGCAGUACAUCCAGCAGCUGGAGGACUACUCCAAGUACCAGCGCUCCGAGAGCAUCGACGAGAGCGUGCACCAGCGGCCCAAUUUUGUCAAGCCGCUGCACGACCUGGGCGACAUCGCCGAGGGCCGCAACGCUCACUUUGAAGCCCAGCUGACGCCGGUCAGCGACCCCACCAUGCGGCUCGAGUGGUACAAGGACGGCAGGGCAAUCACUGCCAGCUCCAGGAUCACCACUAUUUUUAACUUUGGCUACGUGUCGCUCAACAUCAUGCAUCUGAGGGCUGAAGACGCAGGAACGUACACCGUUCGGGCUUACAACGCGCUUGGAGAAGCCGUCAGCAACUCUUCCCUCAGAGUCAUUUCUCGUGGCAGCGUGACUGCUGAUCUGGGCAUUCCAGAGCAGCAGCGCUACAUUGAGAAAAUCAGUGAGCUUGAAGCGUACCAACAGCAGCAGUACGCCAAGUACUCCAUCGAAGCUGAGGAGUCUGUGGACGCUCCCACGUUUAAAACCGGCAUCAAGGAGCAGAAGAACAUCCGCGAGGGUGGUUUUGCCCAUUUUGAGGCCCGUCUUGAGCCUGUUGGAGACUCCUCAAUGAGGGUCGAAUGGUACAAGGACGGCAAGCCAGUUGAAGCGAGCUCAAGGAUUACCAGCUUCUUUAACUUUGGUUACGUCGCCCUGACCAUCAAGUACGUAACCAUUCACGACGUGGGCAUCUACACCUGCCGCGCCGUUAACUCCGCGGGACAAGCUGAAACCAGCGCCCCUAUGACCGUGAUUACCAAGAAUGACGUUCAGUUCGAAACUCAGCACCCUGACGGACUUGAGAAAAUCCAGUAUCUUGAGGAUUCAAGCCGCAACGUUCGCCAAACUCAAGAGGAAGUGACUGCCUUGCAGAAGCCACGCUUCCUCGGCCAACUGAAGGGCACCAAUAAGAUCGUUGAGGGCCAGCGAGCCCACUUUGAGGUUCGUGUCGAGCCGCUGAACGACACUACAAUGCAAGUCGAGUGGUACCACAAUAGCCAGGUGAUCAUGAGCGCCAGCCGAGUGCAGACCUACCACGACUUUGGCUACAUCGCCAUCGACAUUGUCGCGGUGCGCGCCGAAGACGCAGGAACGUACACCGUGGUGAUUCGCAACGCACUCGGAGAGGCCCAACUUGCGACAACCAUGGAGGUGGAAACUCGCUCCAGCAUUGACACGUCAACGAUGCACCGCAUGACUGUAGAGAAAACUCGUCAUCUGGAGGAGUCAAAGUUCCAAGAGCCUCACUACAACAUUGAGGAGUAUUCUCGCUCCAAGCCCGUUUUCACGCAGCCACUGACCGACCCUCAGCCCAUGCCCGAGGGAAAGAACAUUCACCUCGAAUGCAGGCUGGAACCUAUGGGAGACCCAACCAUGAGGGUCGAGUGGUACUUUAAUGGAAAGGCUAUUACUGUUGGUUCUCGAUUCAAAACCUAUUACGAUUUUGGAUACGUCGCUCUGGACAUUAUUCACUGCACAACAUUUGACUCUGGCGAGUACACUGUUCGCGCCGUUAACAAUCUCGGCGAAGCUCACACUUCUUCUUGUGUCAGGAUUCUGAGCCGCGAAGGCGUGGACAAGGACACAAUGAAUGAAGCUGCUCUGCAGCAGAUCUAUCUUCUGGAAGAUCACGCUGCUCGCACCAGUCAGUUCUCUCGCGGCGCGGAAGAAGUGCAGGUGCAGCAAGUGCCCGUGUUCACGAAGCCGCUGCAUAACGCAGAGCUGAUCGAAGGAACCAACGUGCACCUCGAGUGCCGGCUGCAGCCUGUCAAUGACCCCUCGAUGAGGGUCGAGUGGUUUGUCAAUGGCAGGCCUAUCAAAACCGGACACCGCUUCCGUCCAGCUCACGACUUCGACUACGUCGCGCUCGACCUAUUGAGCGUCUACCCUGAGGACUCUGGCGUUUACAGCUGCCAAGCUUACAACUUGAUUGGUGAAGCGGUCACGUCGUGCUCCGUUAAAAUUGUUGCCAAGCGCGAUUUGAUCCUGGACAGUCAGAACCAGUCCGGCCUGGAAAAGAUGCAGUACUUGGAGGAUUCAUCUCGGUACCGCAAACAAGAGGUUAUGGAGGAGUCAGUGUACAUCAAACCUCGAUUUGUCACCAAGCCAAAGAGCUUUGACAACAUGCGUGAGGGUCAGCACUGCCACUUUGAGUGCAAACUCGAGCCAGUUACUGACACAAAUCUGAAAGUCGAGUGGUACAAGAAUGGUCGGCCAAUCACUGUUGGUCAUCGUUUCCGUCCCAUUCAUGAUUUCGGAUACGUCGCUUUGGAUAUCAUUGAUUUGAUUGCUGAGGAUUCUGGCCUUUACACCUGUCGCGCUGUCAAUAUGCUGGGAGCUGAUGAGACCAAUUGCAACCUUCGAGUUACAGGUUCGACCCAAAUCAUCACCACGACUCAAAAUCAGGCCAACAUGGAGACUCUGCAAUACCUGGAGGACCGCAGCAACCGCUACCGCAGCGAAUACGCAGAGGAGUCAACCACUCAGGCGCCUGUGUUCACGUCUUCCAUCAAGAACAUUGUGAUCAAGGAAGGCCAGCGCGCUCACUUUGAGUGCCGCCUAAUUCCCGUCUCUGACCCGACCAUGAAGGUCGAGUGGUUCCACAACAACGUGCCUCUGAAAACGGGCUCCAGGUUCACCGAGACCAACGCAUUUGGUUUCGUCGCUUUGGACAUCAUGUACGCCUACCCUGAAGAUUCUGGCACCUACACCUGCAGAGCCAGCAACGCGAUAGGUCAGGCAAUCACCUCGGCCACCCUUGGAGUCCAAUCGAAAAAGUCAAUUUACUUGGAAACUCAGCACGAGUCUGCCAUGACGAAGAUCAAUUAUCUCGAGGGCUACAACAAGUCCGCGCCCACGCCAGCACCUGAGGAGAACGUCAAUCAGGCACCAGUGUUCACCCAGCCCGUGAGAGACCUCAAGGUUGCUGAGAACCAGGCUGCACACUUCGAGGCCAGACUGAUUCCAGUCGGUGAUCCGAAACUCAGGGUCGAAUGGCUUCGAAAUGGUGUUCCUAUUCAAGCUUCGACCCGCGUGACUACAAUGCACGACUUUGGAUACGUGGCUUUGAACAUGAAGUACGUGUACCCUGAAGACUCAGGUACUUACACGUGCAGGGCAGUAAAUGAUCUUGGACAGGCUGUGACAUCAUCGCAACUUGUCUGCCUCUCUAAGGAAUCCAUCAUUCAGGAAAUUGAGUCCAUGCAAUAUGAAGAAGAUUCCUCCAAGCUGACAAGGUCUGAGGACAUUGAGAAAAUCAUUACACAAGCACCAAAAUUCGUAACCAAGCUGAACGGACCAACUCAGCUGAACGAAGGACAGAGCACUCACUUUGAAUGCAGAAUCGAGCCUUAUCCUGACCCGAACCUGAAGGUCGAGUGGUACCACAACGGCCAGCCACUGAUUACUGGACAUCGUUUCCGUACAACUUACGACUUCGGCUUCUCAGCCCUUGAUAUUUUGACCGUUUACGCUGAAGACGAAGGAGAAUAUCUUUGCAUCGCUACUAACCGCAUUGGCAAAGCUAGCUCCAGCAUCAAAAUCACAGUCAAAUCGAGAGAAUCGAUUAGCUACGAAACGCAGCAUGAGGGAGCUCUGCAGAAAAUCCUUUACCUGGAGGGUGAUCGCAGACACACGAGGGAGGAGGAAGACAGUGCCGUCCUCGAGAAGCCACAGUUCGGUCGCCCGCUGAGAAACCUUGAUAAUCUGACCGAGGGACAAACCGCUCAUCUGGAAGCUACGCUGACUCCAGUCAACGAUCCGACCAUGCGAGUUGAGUGGUACUGCAAUGGCCGUCCCAUUCCUCAGGGACAUCGCUUCAAGACCACUUAUGAUUUCGGAUUCGUUGCGCUGGAUAUUUUGUACGCUUAUCCUGAGGACUCGGGCACCUACAUGUGCAAGGCACGAAAUGCUAUCGGCGAAGCUAUUACCACCUGCUCUAUUAAGGUCAAGGCUGAAGCUGGACUGCAGCUUGACACACUUGACGAGGACAGGCUCAAGAAGAUCAGGACGCUGGAAUCGUACGCCAGACCACAAAAAGAGGAAGUUGAAGCUGUGCCACAAAAGCCUGUUUUCAUCACUCCUCUUAAUAGCUUGCAAAACGUGAAGGAAGGCGAACACUCGCACUUGGAAUGCCGCGUCGAGCCCAUCAACGAUCCAAACCUGCGCAUCGAGUGGUUCGUGAAUGGCAUUGCGAUCAAAACUGGCCAUCGAUUCCGCACCACUCACGACUUUGGAUACGUUGCCCUUGACAUCUUGGACACGUAUCACGAGGACUCUGGCACUUACAUGUGCAAAGCCUCUAAUAUGCAGGGCGAGGCAGUCAAUACAAGCUCCAUCACGUGCUUGGCACGCAGGAGCAUUUAUCUCGACUCUCAGCAUCCAGAAGGUCUGGCCAAGAUUCAGGCACUGGAGGCUCAAGGACGCCAGGGCCGUCUUGAGUUGGAGGAGCCGGAGGCUAUUCCACCAAGAUUUGUUACUGAGUUACAUGGCACAACUCAACUGGCUGAAGGACAAACAGCACAUCUUGAGUGCCAAGUUGAGCCGAUUCAUGAUCCUAAUCUCCGCAUUGAAAUCUAUCACAAUGGAAAGCCUUUGCCGUCGGCAUCGCGAUUCCACAUCACCUUUGAUUUCGGCUACAUUGCUCUUGAUAUGACCCAUCUUGUGCCUGAGGAUAGUGGCGAGUACACGGUGAAAGCAGUCAAUGCUUUGGGACACUGCUCGACGAAAAUUAAUAUUCAAGUGUCUGGCAAAAGCGGCGUUAUUGUGGAAUCUGCCAGACCAGAGGGCCUGGAAAAAAUUAGGCAGCUUGAAGGACAAGGUCAGUUCCAGAGACCCGAGGUCGCUGACCCAGCCACCACCCAACGGCCAGUGUUCACUGCGCCGCUGCUUAACAUUGACUCCAUCAACGAAGGCCAAACUGCUCACUUUGAGUGCCGUUUGAUUCCUGUGAAUGAUGCGACCAUGAAGGUUGAAUGGUUCAGAAACGAGCAACCAAUCGAAACUGGUUCACGAAUUACAAAGACUCAUGAUUUCGGAUUCGUCGCUCUUGACAUCGAUCACGUCCGCGACGAAGAUGCCGGUGUUUACAUGUGCCGAGCAACAAAUGCGAUUGGUGAAGCUGUUACCACUGCAUCCAUGCGUAUUAAGAGUCAGGCAGACAUCCAACUCGAGACCCAGCAUCCUGAUGGCAUGCGAAAGAUAGCUCAGUUGGAAAUGGGACGCGAGUCAAGACCUGAGGAAGCCGAUAAAGUGUUCGAAAAGCCGAUCUUCACGCAGGUGCUUACUGGACCUUCCGAGCUUUGGGAGGGACAGAAUGCUCACUUUGAGUGUAGAGUCGUACCAGUCGGGGAUCCUAAUCUCAAAUUUGAGUGGUAUGUCAACGGUGUUGAACUUAAGCUUGGUUCAAGAUUUAAAUCCACCCACGAUUUUGGCUACGUCAAUUUGGACAUUAUGGGCGUUACAACUGACGACUCUGGUCUUUACAUGAUCAAGGCCAAGAAUUACGCCGGUGAAGCGGUUUCAUCUAAGGCGUUUAACGUUAAAGCCAAGUCAUCCAUUCACCUAGAUCCCUUGCAACCUGAUGCCUGGCAGAAGAUUCAAUUGGCUGAGGCUGAAAAGAAUAAGGUGCCAGAAAUGUUUAUGGAUACCACACCAAAGCAGGCGCCAGUUUUCACAACCCAUCUCAACAACGUCGACAAACUCGUUGAGGGCCAGAACGUUACGAUUGAGGCACAAGUCGAGCCUCGUGCUGAUCCAAACCUCAAAGUGGAGUGGUACAAGAAUGGAAUCUCUCUCACCACUGGAGCAAGAAUCAGGAGCACAUUUGACUUUGGUCAUGUUUCUCUCGCUAUCAAUGGAGUGCGCGCCGAUGAUUCUGGCAUUUACACUUGCAAGGCAACCAACCAGCUUGGAGAAGCAGUGUCCACGUGCACAAUUAAAGUUGAAGAUCGCCACUGGCUCCUGGGAGGAACACUGCGUCCAGACUCUUUGCCAAUCAUUGAAGCUCUUGAAACUCCUAAGGACGUGAAGGUGACGUCUCCUGAGCCUGUGUUUGAGUCUCCAGUGUUCAUCACUCACUUAAACAACGUUGAGCUCAAGGAAGGAGAAACAGCUCACUUUGAGUGCAAUGUAGAGCCAUCGAAGGACCCAACAAUGAACAUCGAAUGGUUUGUCAACGGCAAACCGCUUCCUACAGGCUCUCGAUACAAGUCAACAUACGAUUUCGGCUUUGUUGGUCUUGACGUAACUGGAUGCUACGCCGAAGAUGCAGGCAUUUACACUUGCAAGGCUUCAAACAACAAAGGACAAGCGGUUACAACUGGAAGCUUGCGUUGCACCUCCAAGUCGGACAUCUAUCUCGACACUCAGCACCCGCAAGGCAAGGCUGGUCUGGAGGCAGUCCAAGAUGCAGAUGAGGCUUUCGCGAACAAGAGCUUGAGAGCUCCAUCUGAGGCAGAGCCAGAUUAUCCCAAACCUGUGUUUGUCGUGCCUCUGGAGCCGCAAUUCAACCUUAAUGAAGCUGAGCCAAUUCAUCUUGAAUGCCAGGUUGAACCUAAGAACGAUCCUAACCUUAAGGUCGAAUGGUACUUCAAUGGAAAAGCUCUUGAUCAUGGAUCUCGAUUCAAGAUCACAUCAGAAUUUGGAUUCGUUACUCUUGACCUCUCCGAGGUUUACGAUCGUGAUCAGGGCAUCUACACUUGCAAAGCAGUGAACAAGCAGGGUGAAGCAUUCACCUCCACCACUAUCUAUUGUGCGAGCAAAGAAAACCUCAUCGAAAAGACUCAGCAUCCUAAAGGCGAAGAAGGCCUUGAAAAGAUCCAGGAGCUCGAGGAUUCUCUCGGAGUUGCUGGGGCACCAUCCGCUGAAUCUGAUGAAGGAAAAGCUCCAGAAUUCACUUCUCAGUUCCAGAACUUGUCAAAUCUCAGCGAGGGAGAUAUCGCUCACUUUGAAGCAUCUCUCACUCCAGUUGGAGACCAGUCGAUGGUUGUCGAAUGGUUCUACAAGGGUGAGGUACUCAAGGCUAGCCACCGCGUGCGCACAGUGUACGCUUUCGGCAUGGUAGUUCUUGAGAUCCUGGGAACCAAAAUCGAAGACUCAGGAGAGUACACUUGCAAAGCUACGAACAAAUGGGGCAAAGCAGAAAUUAGCGUCAAUCUUGAAUGCGUUGAUAAGCUCAAGGGACAAAAGCCUCAGUUCACAAGUCAAAUCCAGAGCAUCGAAGGCCUUAAGGAUGGAGAUUCUGCCCACUUUGAAUGUACUCUCAUCCCUGUCGGAGACCAAAAUCUCAAGGUUGAAUGGUUCCACAAUGGACAGCCUAUCCGUCACUCGUCCCGCAUCAAGUCAGUCUCUGACUUUGGAUUUGUUGUUUUGGACAUCGCAUACGUUCAAAGCCAAGACUCCGGCGAAUAUGUUUGCAAAGCAACCAACAAGUACGGCGAAGAUACGACCAGAGCUUUCAUCAAAUGUGCAGGAAAAGGUGGAGUUUAUCUCGAUUCCCUGCAGCCUGAAUCACUGGCACGUAUUCGAGAGUUGGAAACGCAAGGAAAAUCUGCUCCGACUCUCACCUCGCCAUCUGCAGAACCACCAAAGUUCACCAAGCACAUUUCCAACGUGGAAAGCAUCAAGGAGGGACAAAGCGCUCACUUUGAAGCGAGACUUACUCCCGUUGCUGAUCCUACUCUUACUGUUGAAUGGUACUUCAACGGCAAGAAGUUGCCUACUGGACAUCGUUACAGAACCUUCCACGACUUUGGAAUUGUCAUUUUAGACAUUCUUUACUGUUACGAAGAAAAUUCUGGUGAAUACGAAUGCCGUGCUGUAAACAAAGUUGGCUCUGACGUGACAAAGGCCACUCUGAAGUGCACCUCAAAGGCUAAUCUUAUUCUUGAUUCUCAACUGCCACAGGGCAUGGAAGGAGGACUGCAGAAGAUCCAGAACCUGGAAGACUCUGCUUAUAGGUCCAGAGACGAAAAGUCGGAAGAGAAGGGCAAGGCACCUGUGUUCACAGUGCCAUUAUCAAACAUUGACAAUCUCAGAGAAGGCGAAAGCUCUCACUUUGAAGCUCGACUCACUCCAACUAACGAUCCUAGGCUUGUUGUUGAGUGGUUCUGGAAUGGAAAACCACUGAAGACAGGAUCACGCUUCCGUACGUUCUACGACUUUGGAUUUGUCAUCCUGGAAAUUUCUCCAGUUUACCCAGAAGACACAGGCGAAUACUCUUGCAGAGCCAAUAACGAAUAUGGUGAAGCAGUCACUUCUGCCACGAUGAGAGUCCAGGGCAAGAGGAGCAUUAUCCUCGAGUCGCAGCUGCCCAAGGGCAUGGAGCGCACCAUCGAGAAGAUUGCUGAACUGGAAGGCCUUAACGCUGACCAGCGCCCAUUGCCAUCAGACGAAGACACUGGCAAGCCUCCAGAGUUCACCACACACCCCACGGACCUUAUCCUGGCAGAAAACUCGCUGGCUCACUUUGAAGGGCGACUUACGCCUGCCAACGAUCCUAGCAUGCGCGUGGAAUGGUUCCACAAUGGAAAGGCUCUCUGGUCCGGAUCCAGGAUCAAGACGAUUAAUGACUUUGGAUUUGUCAUUCUUGAAGUGGCAGGAGUUUAUCAGCGCGAUUCUGGCCUUUACACCUGCAAGGCAACCAACAGGCACGGCGAAGCAAGUGUUAGCUGCAAACUGCAAGUCAGAGGUCGCCAAGGAAUUAUUUUGGAGCCUCAGCUGCCUUCUCGCUUCAGCUCUGGAACCGCGAGCUUGCUGAAAUUGGAAGAAACCUUGCACAAGAGGGACGAAAUUUUGCCCGAGGAAGAUAAGCCUGAUCCACCAAGGUUCACCGUCGAGCUAAAGGACGUCUUGAACGUGGCUGAAGGAGCGCCAGCUCACUUUGACUGCAGAGUUGAGCCAGUUGGAGAUUCCACGAUGAGAAUUGAUUGGUUCCUCAAUGGACGUCCAUUCCAAUCCGGCUCCAGAAUGCACACAAUCAACGAUUUCGGAUAUGUGGUGCUGGAUCUUGACUACACCUAUCCAAGAGAUUCGGGAGAGAUUCUUUGCAGAGCUUCAAACAGAUGGGGAUCUGCCACGACAAAGGCUCAGAUCACAUGCAAAGCUAAGAGAGGCAUUAUUAUGGAGACGCAGCUUCCCGAGGGGUUGGUAGGAGAGAAACUUGCUGAUCUUGAGAAAGGAAACUUCAAUCCUGUCAUCAAAGAGGACGUUCCUCUUACUCCACCUAAAUUCAUUACACCGAUUGAGAACGUCGCUAUUUCUGAGGGAGAGCCAAUUCACUUUGAGUGCCAUGUUGAGCCUAAGAUUGAUCCCAACCUCAAAAUCGAAUGGUUCCACAAUGGAAAACUGCUCUCGUCUGGACAUCGCUUCAGAACUACUUAUGACUUUGGAUAUGUCUCCAUGGACAUUCUUUACGCAUACAAUGAGGACUCUGGCGAAUAUGUGUGCAAGGCCACAAACGAGCUCGGCUCUGACACGACCAAGGCCAAAGUUGCUUGCAAGAAACUUCCGUCCGUGCUGCUGCACAACCAAGUACCAAGGGGCAUGAAGAAGUCUGAAGCCCUGAUGCAGAUGGAGGCUACGAUCAAAAAGUACACUUCUGAGGUACAUUUGACGGAAGAAGAUUUGUACGACGCAGACAAGAAACAACCACCGCGAUUCGUCACUCAAAUCACAAACCAAACCGAGCUGGUUGAAAUGGAGAGCACCAAGUUCGAGUGCCAGCUGGCUCCGGUAGGAGACCCUAACAUGAAAGUUGAGUGGUUCUUCAACGGAAAGCCACUGCUGCACAAGAACCGCUUCAAUCCAAUUUACGACUUCGGCUACGUGGCCAUGAACUUCGGCUGGGUGUAUCCCGAGGACAGCGGAGAGUACUUGUGUCGCGCCACCAACUUGUACGGCAUGGACGAAACUAAGGCAAUCAUCAAGACUGCCGGCAAGCCUGGUAUUAUUUACGAGUCUCAGCUGCCUAAGGGCAUGAAGAGCAUUGAGAAAAUCAGAGAAAUGGAGGCCGCCUGGCAAGUUGUGCCAGAGGAGCCUGACGAAGAUGACAAGCCUAAGCAGGCUCCAGUGUUCGCUCUGAAGCCUGAUCCAGUAAUCGUGGAGGAGGGCAGGAUUGCCAGGUUUGUGUGCCGCGUACUUGGCCACCCGAGACCGCGCGUCAUGUGGCUUGUCAACGGACACACCGUGCUCAAUGGCACUCGGUACAAGCUGACCUUCGAUGGCAUGUACCACAUGGAUAUCCCGAAGGCGCGCCAGUACGACACUGGCAAGGUGGAGGUGAUCGCCCGCAACUCGGCCGGCGAAGCGUACGAGACGGUCACGCUGAACGUCACCGCCCGCCACGACGACUUCCGCAGCGUGCUCAAGAACUCGCCGAGGCCAUGGUAUGACUAUGACCUAACUCAGUACCAAAAGGAGAGACAGGAAACAGAGCUCGAGAAAUUCUACCAAGAACGCAACACUAGCGAAGGCCACCUAGAUGUCGGUAGCCUUGUGAAAAAGAAAAUUCACAAGGAGCCGGAGACCGAGUGGCAGAAGAGCGUAAAGGAGAAGAAGGGCGAGGAUUACUACGUUAAGCUCAAAGAGCUCGAGGAGGAGCAGCUGAUGAAGGAGGCAAAAAUCCGCGAGCAGUCGCACCAGUUUGCAAUCCCCGGCGAGAAGGUGAAGCAGAGCUCCAUCGCCAAGGGAAUGGCUCAAAGCUAUGAGGAUAAACUGGAACAAGUGGAUAGAGUGCCGGCGUCGCCGACUUUGCUAAGGAAAACGGCUGUGCAGUCAGAGGUGUCUCAGAAUGGAGUUGUUGAGCACGUGACCGUGCAGAAAAGUGACGUGCAGCUGCCGCCGUCUGAGUCAAGCGUUCACGGCAAGGAGGUGCACACCGCCACGCAGAAGCAAACGCAGAGAGAGAUCAAAGGCGACUUGGAGAUCACCAGAAAGAUCACCGCGACCGAAACCACCGAGGUUGAGCACAAGGCACGCACUCUUGAAAGAGUCGUCACAGGAGCAGUGAAGCCGGCUAAGCCACCGCACUUCACCAAGAAAAUCCAGCCCUGCCGCGCAUUUGAGCAAGAGCAGGCACGUUUCGAGGUCGAGUUUGACGGAGACCCGACGCCAGCGAUCAAGUGGUUCCGCGAGGACUUCCAGAUUCAGAACUCCAAUGACUUGCAAAUCCACACCUUUGGCACGAAGUCUAUCUUGAUCAUCAGACAGGUGUUCAUGGAGGACAGCGGAAUCUUCGCGGCGGUAGCCGAAAACCGUGGUGGCGCGGCCAAGUGCAGCGCCAAUUUGGUGGUGGAGGAGAAGCGGGCCGGACGCGUUGGUCUUGUGCCACCCAGCUUCCUCAGCACCAUCCAGGAAGUGAAUGUGCCUGCCGGGCAACUGGCCAGAUUCGACGCAAAGCUCUCUGGCACCCAGCCCCUCGACGUCUAUUGGCUUAAGGGUGGCAAGAAAAUCUCGCCCGACAUCCGCCGCAAGACGCUGGAGGAGGAGGGCACGUACACGCUGCUGAUCAUCGAGGCGCUGCCCGACGACAUCGGCAAAUACGAGUGCGUGGCCAUCAACUCAGUGGGCGAGGCGCGCUGCGAGGCCGAGCUGCAAGUGCAGGGUCCGGCGGCAACCUCGCCCACGCCGGCGCACGCCGCUCCGUCGGGAAGCGAGAAGACCAGCCUUCUGAUAAUCGAAGACCUCAGAGACCAGCAGGUGAACGAGGGACAGAGCGUCCACUUCAAGUGCAAGGUCUCCGCCAAUCCUGCACCGACUGUGCAGUGGCUGAAGGGAGACAAGCCGAUCAAGCAGUCCAAGUACUUCAAAAUGUCCCAGGAGCAGGACUCAUUCACGCUGCACAUCACCGAGGCGUUCCCUGAGGACGAAGGGCCGUACAGUUGCGUGCUGAGCAACAAGGAGGCCACCGCCACCUCCAAAGCCACCCUCAAAGUCCUUGCUCCUGACUCGGAGGACGUCGCCCCGACCGUGACUAAGCUUUCGGACGUGACCGUUGUCGAAGGUAGCCCAGCUCAGUUUAGAACCCAGAUGACCGGCAUCCCCACCCCGACCGUCCAGUGGCUCAGAGAGGGAGCACUCAUUCCGCAAUCUCCCGACUUCCAGAUCAUUCAUGAAGGAAACAACUGCGUGCUGCUGAUCAAGUCGACUUUUGAAGAAGACUCUGGCAUUUUCACGUGCCGGGUGACAAAUUCAGCAGGUCAAGUCGAGACCUCUGCCCGCCUCACUGUGAAAAGGCGCGUCAUCAGGAAACAGCAGUACGAGGAAACAACCACCGUUCGGGAUGAGGAGCAGCAAAUCGAGGAACAAACCUCAACUACCGUUACCAGUUCAACUGAAACGACAGUCGAAGGGGACGGCCGAGUAGGUCGCGGUAAGACGCGAACUGAGGUUCAGGGUACGUCAGCGGCGCCGUGGCGCAAAAACCGAAGCUUGUCGUCAGACCGCGGCUGGCGAAAGCCGCAUCCCCGCAGCUCGAGUGUGCCGUGGCGAGAGGAGCCAACGCCCUGGACCGAGCAGGCGGUGAAGCUGAAACCUUCGAAGGUCGCGAAGAAAAAGGUAGAAAAGGAGAAGCUUGAGACAGUGGCCCUGAAACCGACGAAAAGAGAGGGAAGAAGGUUGUCGAAGGAGACGCUUGAGCGUGUCGAUUUGAAACCUGUGCAAAAGCUUCCUAAAGACGAGGAGGAUUUGGAAGGGAUCAGAUUAAAGCCAUUUAAGAAAGAGGGCACUGAUGAGCCCGAGGAAUUUAAGCGCAAACCAUUUAGGAAGAUCAGCAGAGAUGUUCCUGAGGAAUACGAAAAGGUGACUUUAAAACCGGUUCAGAGACCAGACAAAGAUGGCAGCGAUGUCGUGGAAAAGGGCAAAAAAGAGCAGGAAGCGGUGCCGUGGAGCAAGGACGAGGUUAAGCUUAAGCCUUCGACCAUUCAAAAGCAACCGAUUGUAAAGGAAAGCUUGGAGGAAGUCCAGCUGAAACGCACAAAAACAGAAAAGAGGCAGAUCGAGAAGGAGCAAUUAGAGAAGGUAGCUCUGAGACCUGUGCCGCAGGAAAUCAGGGACAAAGGUGAGGCCGAGGUGGAGCGCUAUCUACAGCAACUGCAAUACGAGGAGGAUAUGGAAUUGCUAUCCCUUGAGAGGACCGAGGAUGUUGACAGUAAGACAAAGAGCAAGAAAACAACGAAAAAGGUGCAGAAAGAAAAAUGGGAGGAAAAGCAAACGGAGGAAGAGGCUCAGAAAAGACCUGAGUCCCCAACUAUAGAGAAAUUAGAAUUUGGGUCUUCAAAAGUAACAAAAAAACAAGAAGAGGAGGUGGAGGUUGGUAUAAAACGAGCCCCUAGAAUUCCAAAAGCUCCUUCACCAGAACCUGAAAAAGUGCAGUUGAAGCCCUUUAAGAAAGAGAAGCCAAAGAAAGAACCAGUUUCUGAGCAAGAGCCAACUUUGCAGUUCAAACCAACACAACGGCGCCCAACAGAAAGGUCUCCUAGUCCUGAAAAAGUGCAAUUGAAACCAUUAAAAAGAGAAAAGGAGCAGAAACCCCAGCCGGUAGAAAACCUCGAGUUGAGAAGAGCUCCUGUUCCUGAAAAAGCUCCUUCACCAGCACCAGAAAAGAUUGAACUGAAGCCCGUGAAAAAGGCUUCAUCACUUGAAGAGGAAAAACCUGCGGAAAUUAAAAAGGCACCACGACGGCAAAAGGAACCCUCUCCUGAACCAGAAAAGGUUCAGCUGAAGCCUGUUAAAAAGCAGAAGCCAAAGGAACAGUCUCCUGAGAAGGAACAGGUACAACUCAAACCUGUUAAAAAAGUAAAGGAAUCCAAAGAGGCUGAAAAAGAUGAUUUUGAGUUGAAAAAGCCGAGCAGUAAAGAUAAACCAGCAUCGCCUGAGCGCGAACUUAUUGUCAAAGAGCCGAUUAAAAAAGAGGAACCUGCACCAGAGCCACAGACCACUGCAAGGGCUCCUAGAUGGCCAAAGGCACCUUCACCGGAACCUGAAAAGGUACAGCUGAAGCAGGCAAAGAAAGAAAAACCCGAACACUUAGAGCCCGAGCCUGAAAUUAAAAAGGCACCGAGACUUCCAAAGGAGAAAUCACCUAGUGAAGAGAUUAAAUUAAAACCUUUCACUAAAGAAAAGGAGCAAAAACCGAAAGAUGAGAAGGAUCUGGAGCUGAAGCAACAAUCAAAGGGAAGAGAAUUGCCUGAACCAGAAAAACCUGCUAAAUUUGAAGUGAAAAAGACGCCAAGAAAGCUCAAGGAACCAUCGCCACAGCCUGAGCCUGAAAUAAUUAAGUUAAAACCUGCGAAAAAGCGGUCCCCUAAAGAGAAAUCACCAGAACCGGAAAAGGUUGAGUUGAAACCAGUAACUCGACCUGAAAAAUCUGAUUCGCCAAAACCUGAAGCUCCUCACUUGAAAACUGUAAAAAAGGAACAGAAAGAAAAGCCAAAAGAGGAAGAACCAGAGGUUGAAAUAAAACGAGCCCCUAGAAAGCCAAGGGAACCUUCACCUGAGCCAGAAAAAGUAGAGCUGAAACCAUUUGAAAGAAAACAGCCAGAAAAACCGAAGGAUGAGAGGCAACUGGACGUGAAAGAGGUUUUGGUUCCAGAAAGACCAAGCUCACCAAUUGCAGAAGAUAUUGCAUUGAAGCCUUACCAAAGAGAAAAGAAAGAUAAGCCUCAAGCUGAAGAAAAACCUGUAGAAAUAAAAAAGGCUCCCAGAAAGCAAAAACAACCAUCACCAGAGCCUGAAAAGGUUCAACUGAAACCAUUUAAAAAGGAAGUGCAAGAAGAAAAAUCUCCAGAGCAAGAGAUAAAAAAAGCACCUCGACGGCCAAAGGAAAAAUCUCCAAGCCCUGAAAAAGUUGAGUUAAAACCUUUCAAGCGUGAAAAGAAACCUGAGCCCAAAGAGGAAGAACAGCCAAAGGUUGAAUUGAAAAAGGCUCCACGAAAGCCUAAGGAGCCGUCUCCCGAGCCAGAAAAGGUUCAAUUAAAACCUUUCAAAAAAGAGGUGCCAGAAGAAAAGUCUCCUGAAACAGAAAUCAAAAAAGCACCUCGACGGCCAAAGGAAAAAUCUCCAAGCCCUGAAAAAGUUGAGUUAAAGCCUUUCAAGCGUGAAAAGAAACCUGAGCCAAAAGAGGAAGAACAGCCAAAGGUUGAAUUGAAAAAGGCUCCACGAAAGCCUAAGGAGCCGUCUCCCGAGCCAGAAAAGGUUCAAUUAAAACCUUUCAAAAAAGAGGUGCCAGAAGAACAGUCUCCUGAAACAGAAAUCAAAAAAGCACCUCGACGGCCAAAGGAAAAAUCUCCAAGCCCUGAAAAGGUUGAAUUAAAACCAUUCAAGCGAGAAAAGAAACACGAGCCCAAAGAGGAAGAACAGUCAAAGGUUGAAUUGAAAAAGGCUCCACGAAAGCCUAAAGAGCCGUCUCCCGAGCCAGAAAAGGUUGAAUUGAAACCUUUUAAAAAGGAAGUGCAAGAAGAAAAAUCUCCAGAGCAAGAGAUAAAAAAAGCACCACGCAGACCUAAGGAAAAAUCUUCAAGCCCUGAAAAAGUUGAGCUAAAGCCUUUCAAGCGUGAAAAGAAACCUGAGCCCAAAGAGGAGGAACAACCAAAGGUGGAGCUGAAGAAGGCCCCGCGAAAGCCAAAGGAGCCAUCUCCUGAGCCUGAAAAAAUUCAUCUCAAACCAUUUAAACAGGAGAAACCAAAGGAAAAAUCACCAGAGCCCGAGGUGAAAAAAGCUUCGAGGCGGCCAAAGGAAAAGUCAGCUAGUCCUGAAAAGGUUGUACUAAAACCAUUUGAAAAAGAAGUUACGCCAAUUCCGAAAACUGAAUUGGAGCCUGAAGUAAAAAUUUCUCAAAUAAGUGCACCCGAAAAGGUUGAAUUGGCGGUGGAAAAGACAGACACAAAGCCUGCAAAGAAAAAGUCAUCAAGGUGGCAAAAACAACCUUCACCAGAGCCUGAAAAGGUUGUUCUCAAGCCUGUGGUGCGAGAAGAACGCGAACAAAAACCACUUGAGCUAGAAACUGUAGAGCUGAAGCCUGUCGUAAAAGCAGACGAAGAGCAAGAAGUUCUGAUGCCCGAAAAAAUUGAGCUUAAACAUGUCGAAAUGGAGCCACUUCCGCAGCCAAUUAAGGCUGAAGAAAAGGCAGCUCCUAAAAAGAGGAGUUCAAGGUGGGGCAAAGCGCCCUCGCCAGAGCCAGAACCAGUGCAACUUGAGCAAAUUACUAAAUUGGCUCCAAAGCCGAAGUCUCCUGAGCCACAACAGGAAGAACAAAAGGUUGAUUUGAUUCCAGAAAAAAUAGAGCAACCUAAGGAAGUGGAACCAGACGCACCAAAAAUUGAAAAGCAGAAGAAACUGGCUCAAGUGGAGGAAAAGAAAGAGCUCCCAAUCAAAAAAGCACCUAGAAAACCAAAGGAACCCUCUCCUGAACCUGAAAAGGUCCAGUUGAAGCCAGUGAGAAAGGAAAAACAAAAGGAGAAAUCCCCAGAACGAGAAGCCGUAGAACUAAAGCCAGCCACUGUUGUAAGCAAACCUGAGGAAUUUGACUCGGAGAAGGUUUCACUGAAACCAGUAAAGAUAGAGAAGGAAGAAAAACCCAAAGAAGAAAAGCAACAGGAAAUCAAGAAAGCUCCAAGGAAGCCAAAGGAGCCUUCACCUGAACCCGAGGAAGUUCAGCUAAAGCCAUUCAAAAAGGAAAAGAAGGAAAAGUCUCCUGAGCCAGAUGUCGAUAUUAAGAGAGCGCCAAGGCUGCCAAAGCCAAAGUCGCCCAGCCCAGAAAAGGUGGAGCUGAAACCGUUUAAAAGAGACUUACAAGAAAAGCCUAAAGAAGAACAGUCACUAGAAAUUAAAAAAGCGCCACGCAAGCAGAAGGAGUCAUCGCCGGAGCCAGAAAAAGUUCAGCUUAAACCAUUCAAAAAAGAAAAACCAAAAGAAAAAUCUCCAGAGGUUGAAAUUAAGAAAGCGCCUCGGCUUCCAAAGGAAAAAUCGCCUAGUCCAGAAAAAGUGAAACUAGCACCAUUCAAAAAAGAGACUCCUAAGGAGGAGGAAAAACCAGUGGAAAUUAAGAGGGCACCAAGAAAGCCCAAAGAACCAUCUCCAGAGCCAGAAAAAGUGUUACUUAAACCAUUUGUUAAGGAGCCCAAGGAAAAGUCCCCAGAACCACAGAAAAUUCAGGUAAAGCCUGCAAAAGAACCAAAAGAAAAGUCUCCUGAACUAGUAAUUAAAAAGGCACCAAGGCGACCUAAAGAAAAGUCACCCAGCCCUGUAAAGGUUGAAUUGAAACCAUUCAAAAAAGAAAAAUCCCCAGAAAUGGCACCUGAGCCCGAAAUCCAGAAAGCACCAAGAAAACCAAAGGAAAAGUCUCCUAGCCCUGAACGUACACUGAAGCCUUUCAAAAAAGAUAAACCAAAAGAAGAACAGAAGCCCGUUGAAAUUAAGAAGGCACCAAGAAAACCAAAAGAGCCUUCACCUGAGCCUGAAAAGGUGCAGCUCAAGCCUAUUAAAAAGGAAAAGACUGAAGAAAAACCAUCAGAGCCAGAAAUUCAAAAAGCACCAAGAAAACCAAAGGACAAGUCACCUAGCCCUGAGCGAACGCUUAAACCUAUCAAAAAGGAGAAACCGAAAGAGGAAGAGAAGCCUGUUGAAAUAACGAAGGCUCCAAGGAAACCUAAAGAGCCUUCACCAGAGCCUGAAAAGGUGCAACUGAAGCCAUUCAAGAAAGAAAAGUCACCCGAAAAAGUACCUGAGCUGGAAAUCCAAAAGGCUCCAAGAAAACCAAAGGACAAGUCGCCUAGCCCUGAGCGAACGCUUAAACCUAUCAAAAAGGAGAAACCGAAAGAGGAAGAUAAGCCUGUUGAAAUAAAGAAGGCUCCAAGGAAACCUAAAGAGCCUUCACCAGAGCCUGAAAAGGUGCAACUGAAGCCAUUCAAGAAAGAAAAGUCACCCGAAAAAGUACCUGAGCUGGAAAUCCAAAAGGCUCCAAGAAAACCAAAGGACAAGUCGCCUAGCCCUGAACGAACGCUUAAACCUAUCAAAAAGGAGAAACCGAAAGAGGAAGAAAAGCCGGUUGAGAUAAAAAAGGCUCCUAGAAAACCAAGAGAGCCCUCACCUGAGCCUGAAAAAGUUCAAUUAAAACCAUUUAAAAGGGAAAAACCAGAGGACAAGCCUGCAGAGCCAGAAAUUCCAAAGGCACCGAGAAUUCCUAAAGAGAAACCUCCAAGCCCUGAGAGGUCACUGAAACCGAUUAAAAAAGACAAACCGAAGGAGGAAGAAAAGCCAGUUGAAAUCAAAAAGGCACCGAGGAAACCUAAGGAGCCUUCACCUGAGCCUGAAAAGGUACAACUCAAGCCAUUUAAAAAGGAAAAGCCUGAAGAAAAACCAGUUGAGCCUGAAAUUAAAAAAGCUCCUAGAAAGCCAAAAGAAAAGUCUCCAAGUCCUGAGAAGGUCCAAUUGAAACCGUUUAAACGUGAUAGCUCACCUAAGCCAAAAGAGGAAAAGGAAUUGGAGUUGAAACAAGUUCCGUCGGCACCAGAAAGACCAGAGUCACCGAAAAUCGAAAAGACUGAGCUCAAACCAAAGAAGAAGGCUCCGCAAAAAGAAAAGUCACCAUCUCCGGUACCAGAGAAGGUAAUUCCAAAGCCAGAACCAGAAAAACUGGAGCCACAGCCUGUUGAUAAAGAGCCAGAGCAAGAGCAAAGCGGCGCAAAGAUAACACUGGAGAAACCAAAGAAGAAAAAAGCGCCGCAGAAAGAAAAGUCACCUUCUCCGGUACCUGAAAAGGUGGAACCACAGCCUGAACCUGUAAAAUUGGAGCCUCAGCCUGUAGAAAAAGAGCCAGAGCAAGAGCAAAGCGGCGCAAAGAUAACACUGGAGAAACCAAAGAAAAAAGCGCCGCAGAAAGAAAAGUCACCUUCUCCGGUACCUGAAAAGGUGGAACCACAGCCUGAACCUGUAAAAUUGGAGCCUCAGCCUGUAGAAAAAGAGCCAGAGCAAGAGCAAAGCGGCGCAAAGAUAUCACUGGAGAAACCAAAGAAGAAAAAAGCGCCGAAGAAAGAAAAGUCGCCAUCUCCGGUACCUGAAAAGGUGGAACCACAGCCCGAACCUGAAAAACUGGAGCCUCAGCCCGCUGAAAAAGAGCCAGAGCAAGAGCAAAGCGGUGCUAAAAUAUCUCUGGAGAAACCGAAGAGGAAAAAAGCGCCGCAGAAAGAGAAGUCGCCUUCGCCUAAACCCGAAAAGGUGGAACCACAGCCCGAACCAGAAAAACUGGAGCAUCAGCCCGCUGAAAAAGAACCUGUACAAGAACAAAGCGGUGCUAAAAUAUCUCUGGAGAAACCGAAAAAGAAAUCUAAAAAGGAAGUCAAAAUGGACGUACUUGAGAAGCCAGAAAAAAGCGAGGUGACGAUUGCAUUGAAACCAGAAGAACCAGCUCCAGAACUGCAGCCUGAGCUGGCUAAACUGCUGGAGGAGUCAAAACCGGAAGAAAACAUUCCAGAGACCAGCAAGGCGAAAAUCGCGCUCGCAAAGAAACCAGUGCCAAAGCCGACUGAGAAGGCACCGGUUGCAGAGGAAACCGAGCUGGCGCAGGAGGAGCAGCAAAUCGCAGGACUGAAAAUCGAAACUAAAACAAUUAAGACUGAGAAGAAGCGGGAGGUGGUUCAAACUCAGCAGCCCGAAAAACUCAUCUCCGACCUGGAAAUCAUCUGCUCCAAGCGCGAGAGCAAAAAGAGCGAGGAGGUGACCGUGGUGGAGAGGAGCGAGGUGCAAAAGACUGUGCGUCGCACGCGUAGAAAGGUGUCGACGGAGAAGUCAGUGGCGCCGCGGUUCAUCCAGCGACUGCAGCCGGUCAUCUCGACGCACGGCCGCAGCGUGCAUUUCAAGUGCAAGGUCGAGGGCACACCCUUCCCCGACAUCAAAUGGUAUAAGAACGAGAAGGAAGUGAGCACGAGCGAGCGGCUGUCCAUUUCUAUCAGCGAGUCAACAGCGUCGUUGAUCAUUAACGAGGCAAACGAUUCCGACGUGGGCACUUACAGCUGCAGGGCGAGCAAUUCCGCGGGAGUUGCCACUUCCACGGCCAACCUCGUCAUCAUUGAGCGAGAGCAGAGUGGAGAGGCUCCGCACUUCGAGAAGCCGCUGCAGCCGCAAGUGGCCAAGAAGAAUGAGACGACUCAGAUGCAGUGCGUGGUCAAGGCGCGGCCAGGACCGGAAAUCAAGUGGUUCGUGGCCGGCCAGCAGAUCGUACCCAGCGAAAAGACCAAGCUGCACUACAAUCCCAAAACCGGAGUCGCUACCAUGACCAUUCAGGAUGCGGCGCCGCUUGACGAGGCCGUCUACAUGAUCAGGGCCGUGAACCAGUUCGGGCAGGCCGAAUCCAGGGCCAACCUAAUCAUAGGGGAGGCCGUUUCGGUCAGCAAGCCGAUGGUGAUGAUUGCUCCGAAAAUCACAAAGCCUGUGGAGGCGACAGUCGCCCAGGCGGGAAGCAGAGUGGUCCUGGAAGCCGACUUCACGGGAGAGCCCACGCCUGAGGUUAAGUGGUACCGAAAUGGAAAGGAGCUAGUUUCAGGAGAGCGAGGAAAGCAAAUUGUAACGGAGAAGGGCACGACCUCGCUGGUCAUUUCCGAGGUCAGCAGGUCGGACAUCGGCAAGUACGAGGUGCGAGCGCACAACGAGGCCGGAGAGGCUAAGACUUCAGGCACCAUCGCCUGCAUAGAGCUCAAUAAGCAGAGGGAACCUGAUGCGGCGCCGCCAAAGUUCGUGAAGCAGCCCGUUUCGCAGACCGUCCCUGAAGGCCAAGUGGCUAUUUUAGAAGCCAAAGUUGAUUCAAAUCCAGCAUGCUCAUUCCAAUGGUUCCACAACAACCAGCCCGUUCAAUCUUGCUCCGAGAUGCGAAUCGCCACUGAGGACAACAAAUCGGUGCUGAUGAUUUCCGAGAUCUACUCCGAGUUCGCGGGCCAAUUCACGUGUCGAGCGGAAAAUACACACGGCUCCAUCACGACCACCACGACCGUGGCCGUCGUCGAGCAGGUGGACACGGAAGAACUGGUCGCGCCCACUUUUGUGCAACCAAUGGCUAGCCUCAGGGUUAUGGACGGAGAGGAAGUUCACUUUAUGUGCGAGGUGACCGGAAAACCAACUCCUAAGGUGACGUGGCUGCACAACGGGCAUCCCAUCAACGAAGGUCGCGAUGUCCAACUGUACCAAGACCUCGAAGGCGUGUGCAAACUGGCAAUUUCCGAGGUUUUCCCCGAGGAUGCGGGCGACUACACGUGCCUGGCAGAGAACAAGGUCGGCGAGUGCGUGUGCACCGCUUCCUUGCUUGUAGAAGCAUACGAAUAUAUUCCCGACUCGGAAAUUUCCAUUACGUUGGGAACGUCGAUAACGACCGGGCAGAGCGGCUCAGAAGAAGACUUGUUGGCAGAAAAGAGUUUGUCCGAAGUGUGCGAGGAGCAGAGCGAGCAGGAGUCUCUCGAGGAGGAGCAGACCAGCAUCGCGCCGCACUUCUCAUCGCCAAUAGAAUGGAAGUCGUUAGAGGACGGCAGGACGAGGCUCAAGGUGAAAGUGGAAGGGCGACCGAAACCAGAAAUCAAGUGGUACAGGCAAGGGGUCGAGCUGACACAAUGCGAAGCGUACCAAGUAGAGGAGCUGGAGGAGGGCGUGUGGGCCCUGACAAUGCACGACCUACCGAUCAACAUAGAGGAGAUUGUGGCAGUGGCUAUCAAUCCCGUGGGAAUGGCCUCGGACGCGCUCAGGAUCACCGCAGAAGAGGAGAUCAUCGGCACGCCAAUGUACAAAAAGCCGAUUUGGGUGACACAGAUGGAAGAAUUGCAGGAGCAACUGAGAUCCAAAGAGGCGCCGCCGACAUUUAUCCAGGAGCUGAUAGACAAGCGUGGCAAGGAGGGUGAGCCGAUCUCGUUUGAGUGUCUAUACUCGGGAACCCCCCUUCCAGACAUUGUUUGGCUGCACAACGAUAAGCUGAUCAAACCAACCAAGAAUUUAAAGAUCAGCAUCAAAGAUAACAAAACGAAGCUGACGAUCUUUGCCCCAGAAAGAGAAGAUGAGGGAACUUACAUGUGCAAGGCCGAGAGCUCUAUUGGCGUCGCUACCACCAAGGGCUCGUUCUUAUGCCACGAGCUGACCGAGGAAGAAAAAGAGAAAAUCGAGGCGAAGAAACGCGCUGAAAUUGAGACCAAGAAGAAGGCUGAAGCGAAAAAGAAGCGCCUUGAGAUAGAGAAGAGGCUGUUCGAGGAGGAGAAAAGGAGGCAGGCCGAGGACCAGAAAGCCAAGAAAAAAGCCGAAAUGGAUGAGAAAACUAGGCUUGAGGAGGAAGACAAGCAGAGAAGACAAAGGGAGAAGGAAGCGCGGGAGGAAGCACGUCGCAGGAAGCAGGAGGAACGCAAGAAGGUCAAGACGGAAGUCACAGCCGAGAAGAUCACCCUGAAAAAGGUGGACUUGACUCAGGUAGAGCAAGAGAGGGCGCACUCGGCACAGCCGGAAGAUACGCUUGAGUUCCAGAGCAAGGCGACUGCAAAGGCAAAGGCGCACGCCAAGCAGGAAGAGCAACAGGGUGCUUUUGAGACCACAAGCGAGCUCAAGCUGCAGAAGAAACAAGAGCGCAUGGCAAAACGAAUGUCCAUUCCCGAGGGCGAACGCGUCACUGUCACUGAAACAACCACAGAGGCCGCCUACGUCGAGAGCAUGAUGGAGUUCAUCGGUGUUGAGGACUUUAACGCGGAGGCCGAGGAGCCCCUCAAGGACCUUGCCAAAAUUAGUUACCGCACAAAGACGGGCGUCACUGCUGAAGAGGUGACUGCAGCAUACGAGGCGGGCGAGUUCCCGUCGCUGCGGGCACCCGAGGCGCAGAUGGCCAUGGUGCAACUGGUAGAGCGUGAAGGCUAUGGCGCUCUCAUCGCUGAGGUGGUUUCUGAGGAGAGCGUGGCAGAGGAAAGGCUCGCCGCCACAGGAUUCAGAGCGCUUAUGAAAGUGGUCGAGCAGGGCAGCGCCCAAAUCGAGGAGGUCAUGACUCACAUCGAACCUGAAGACUUCUGCUGGGAGGAGCGUACAGUCGAGCACGCUCGCAAGGGCUCGUACACCGUGGAGUAUGGAACCGCCGUGGGAUCUUCAGCCGACGUAAAAGAGAUAAGAAAAAGGCUGAAAUCGCGCAGAAUUGUGGCGGAAAAUGAAGAAAAAACUGUAGAAGAAAUCACGCGGACACGAGUGACACAAAUCAAAACAGACAGUUCAAACGAUGAGGCUGGAGUUACAAUCACAGAAUUACCGUCUGAGGAGCCAGACAACACGAUGGCAUUAUUGGACACAAAGAAAUCACAGGUCACAGACGACACAAAGAUUAUCACAGAGCGACGCAGAACAAAAGACACUCAAGAGAAACAGUCCAGACGUAAGCAGAGCGAACAAUUUGAGGAGGAAGAGGAAGAAGAAAUUCUCAGAAAGACGAAAAAAUCUGCUAAGACAGUCGAAAGAAAAGUAACCAAAAGAGUUCAGCCCGGUUUUGAAGAAAUUAUCUUUGAAGAGACUGGUAAAUACGAGUCCAACGCGGACAUCGAGCAAAAGUUGCAGCCGCUGCAAACCACGAAGCAGUUGAUUGACACGAUUCCGGAAUCUCAAACCACCGAGUUUGACGUUGCAAGCCAAAAGGGCAGUGCGACCUGCAAACUGGACACGACAAAUGCCGUCCAGUUGCAAGAGGUAACCACCAGCGAGCAAACAGGCAGCUAUACCUCAAAUAAAGACAUCGAAAAGAAGAUAUCCGCACUGCUGAGCACGAAGGAGCUGAUCGAGAGCGCCCCCGAAUGCCAAACCAGCAACUUUGAAAGCGCGGAUCAAGUUUCCACGGCGAGGCCUUCAAUGCCGGUAACCAAUGCUGUCCAGCAGCAGGAGGUAGUUGUCCAGGAAAACCCGGGCCUACUCCCUACAGUUGACAGCACAAGCGAGAAAAUCAGAGCCCUGCAGACUACUAGGGAAGUGAUAGAGAACAUCUCCGUCAGCCAGAGCACAGAGAUCCACACCUCUGCUGAAAUGCUGUCGGCAAAACGGCGCCUUUCAACGACCACUGCGGUGCAGCAGGAACAGGUUGUUGCGACCGAGCAGUCAGGAGUGUACAUGUCCAACCGUGACCUGCAUAAGAAAAUUGUGUCAAUGCAGACGCCACUCGAGUCACAUGAAGUGCAGCCGCUGGCGGAAACAUGUGAAAUUGAUACCAAAGUACACUCUGACAUGCCAACCACCUCGAGUACCUUAACUUAUGCUCUGCAACAGCAAGAGGUAUUAACUCAGGAGAGCACGAUUAGAAAGGAAGAAGCCGAAAAAGAAAUAGCUCAAAAUGUUUCUUCAGUUUUCGUCACGAAGGAGAGCGUGGAAACAGCGCCUUCUCACCAAACCUGCGAAAUAGACACCACUAAAGAGGAGUUGAACGCAAGUCCGAGCUUGCCAUUGGUUACGUCUCUCAACCAGAAUGUCGUUAUUGCCAGUGAAGAGACGCAGGUUUGCAAGACGACCGCGGAAAAACAAAAGAGGGUACAGCUGAUUCAAACGACAAAGGAAAUUUCAGAAGCCGUUCCUUUUGCCCAAACCUGCGAAAUGGAUGUGCCUAAGGAGGAAGGAAAUGCGUCCAGCGUCAUGUCUACGGCUUCUGCUAUACAGCAAAGUCAGGUGAUCGCAACUGAAGAGACUGGUGACCAUGAAGUGAGCUGCACGACUGAAAAGCUGAGGUCGGUGCAUAUUCCAAAGGAAAUCAGCGAGACUGCACAUGAAGCUAUCACCUGUGAGCUGGACCAAACGACAGAAGCAGGGAAUGCCGUUGGCAAGUUCGACACAACUUCUUCGCUCCAGCAGCAGGAGGUUUUGCUGAGUGAGCGAGCUGGAGAAUAUACAUCAAAUAAAGAUAUUGAGAAAACUUUGAAAGCCACGCAGACAAUGAUCGCGGCGAUCGAGGUGCAGUCAGUUUCGCAAACGUGUGAAUUAGACACAAGCAAAGAGGUCGGGAAAGCAAGUGGCACGUUUGACUCAGCGUCCGCGAUUAGCCAGCAAGUUGUUAUCGCUAACGAAGAUGUCAGCGCAUACACUUCUAACAAGGACAUAGAAAACAAAGUUCCAGCUCAACAAACAACGAUGCAAGUAAUUGAGACCGUCCCGGAGCAAAUUUUAAGCGAGCUGAGCAUUAUCCACGAGCAGGAUAACGCAGUGAAAAAAUUCACCACUGCUUCUGCUAUUGACCAACAAAUCGUCAUUGCGGACGAAUCUUUGAAAAACUAUCAAUCAAAUUUGGAUAUUGAGAAAAAUAUUUCCGCUGUACAAUCUGGAGCAGAGUUCUCCGAAGCAAUUUUAUCAACGCAAUUAUGCCAGUUGAGCAUUACCAGAGCAGAGGAGGAAAAGUGUCAACCGAAAUAUUCAACUACUUCUGCUUUCAAUCAGGAGGUAAUUGUUCCACAUGAGCAAACAGAUUCCUUCACUAGCAGCAAAGAGAGUGAAGUUCGAGUUGCACCAAUUCAAACUACAACAGAGUCCAUCGAAGCCAUUCCUCUGAUGCAAGCCAGCAAAUUCGAUCUAGUCGAAGAAAAGACACAAUCAGCGCAGCCGAAACUGAGCAUGUUGCCUGCAGUGCAUCAAGAAGUUGUUAUUCCACAGGAAACAAUUGCAGAAAGAGAAACAAAGGCAUGCAAGGUGCAAAAAGCCAAUAAAUCUGUAUCCGUAGCCGAGUCGAUAAUCGUGCAAAAAGAAAGCGUUUUUGACGGUGUGACAAGCAUGGUGGCUCCUAGAAAGCCACUUUCUGCGGCUGCAAACCUGAAGAUGAGAGAGGUGGAGGGAAUAGCAGUGAGCGAAACAAUUCUGCAAACUCAGGCCGAAGAAACAAGCGAAGAAAAGGGAAAAGAAAUGCAAAUAUCAUUGGAAUACGAACGCCAAUUAAAUGCGAUCGUAGUCAGUGAACAAACUCACAGCGUUUCUGAGACCACCUUGGAGGUUCAAAAGGCUCCAGUAGCUUCUGAAGCUUUAUCAAACAUCCAGUGCGUGGAAGGCACAAAUGUUAUCGAGGUGACUCAAGCGGAAAUGGAGAGAGAUAUGCCAGAGCAAGUAAAAGCGACUAGCUUCAAACUUGGAGUGCAGCUUCCACAGUCGUCUGGAAUAGUUGUACAAGACGUUUUCACGCAUGAAAAACCCUCAAAGUACUACCCAGAGAGAUUUGUACCAACAGAGUACGCGGAAGAGUCGUUUGCAGUUGCCAAUGCCUUGCAGGAGAACUACAUACAGUCAACCGAAAAAGAAGGGAAGAUGAAAGAAUUCAAGGUUCCAAAAAGCACUCAAGCUAGCUCAGAAUUUGAGGGUAACAAAUCUGGCAUUUGUGUAUUAGAACAAACACUUAGCGAAAAAGAAAGUUCGUUUGUAGAUACACCAGCUGAAGGCGUUACUUUACAGGAGCGUACUGUCAGCAACAUUUCUUACACGUCUGUCACAACUGCCACAAUUCCUCACGACUCAAGCAAAGAGAUUGAAACACAGGAGAGGGAUACAAAAAAUGCAAAGAUGAUACUAAUGCCUAGCGCAGCCAGAGAAAACUUUGACGUUCAAACGAUGGAGAAAGAGGGAGAAUACAACAUAGAGAAACUAGCAGAAAUUAAAGCAUCUCAAACAGUUUCAGUAUUGCAAAUUGGAACCACUGAAAACGUCAUCCUUCAAGACACCGAAACAGAGUUAGCUCAAAAACAGCAGGCACCAACUGCAGUUGCGAGCAGCAAUUUCACCCUUCAAAGUGGAAUUUGCGGAGAAACGAUUCAAGUGCUAGACUUCGACUUAAGACCUCUGAAAGAAACACAACUAAGCACAGCCACUGCAACUCCAAAAGAGCCGUUGCCGAUGCAAAUUGCUGUUACUCAAUCAACACAUGCAACCGAUGCAGCAACCGAGCUUGAUAAACCUGAAGUCGUGGAGGAAAAGCCUAAAGAAGUGUUUGAAACGGCUCAUAUUGCUUCCACCGUGCAGAGCCCACAUUUGGAAGAAACUGUUCAAAAUUUGAACAUGGAUAUUAAGCCAGAACAAAAGAGCGCAAACACAGCUGCUGAGCAGUUUUUGCCAGUUGGCCUGUCUCAAGAAACUGUCAUAUCUGAAAUCACAGUGAGUAAAGAUAUCGACCAAGUUUUAACCUCAAAAGCCACACAGGAGCAUCUUACCUUUGAAAUUCCAUGCAUAAAUCAAACCACUGUAAUCGAGACUAUGAAAGAGCUAGAGAAAACUGAAGCAAACGUCGAGGCCGCUAAAGUCUCGAUGAUUCCCAACACACUCUAUUCAGUUUCUGAUACUCAGAUCCAUGAAAGUGAAGCAGAAAUGGAACAUCCACAGAUAAGUCUGAAGCAGGCGUUACCCUGUGUGCAAGAAACUACAGCUGCCGUCGGUCAAGAGCUGAUAUUGGGAGAAACUGAAAGUGCGUUGAAACCUGAUGAGCAACCUCAACACAGAAAAGCAGAAAAUUCCAUGGUUUCUCUCCAAGGCACGGCUGUAUCUCAGCAAACUACCGUCACUGACAAUGCAGCUGAGUUUGAGGCAACGUUAGAAAUGGACGCAAAACUGGCUGAAGUGCUUGUUCUUAGCAACGAAGGUAUUGUCACAACUGAAGCCUACUUUAAGGAAGAAGCCAAAAGCAGAGAAAUAUCACCCGACGUCGAGGGAAAGCAAGCAAUAGAGAACAUUUCUCGCCCUGUCGGAGUUGCAACUAUUGAGGAAAAUAUUCCAGAAGAGAGGGAAAACUUCCUUACCCUUGAGAAAAUUAAGGAGGAGCGUGGAUCAAAAUCUUUGACAGAGUUGAAGAAAAAAUCUGUUGUUCAUAUAGUUGAUACUCUGGAACAUGCUGGUACUUUCAAAGAUAAAUUCAAAGCUGCCGAGUUUCGUCCAACGAUUUUAACUGAAGGAGCUCUACACACAAGCGAAGGGCAAGAAACACAAUGCAUGGAACAAAUUGCACCAUUUACGGAGGACGGAAGAGUGCUCGAAAAAGCAAAAACCGAGCUGACGCCAGUUUACCUUGAGAAGCAGACUGAAGAACAAAUUGCUUUGGAGAACAUUGAAAGCUUUACCAGUACAGUUGAAAAGACGUUGAAUGUGAGCGAAGGAGUGUCGCAUUCUCGUAACACUGUUCUGGUUACCGAGAGAAUUCCAGAGGAGAGGGAAGUAAGCUUUGAUGAAAAGCCAACUUUCCGAUUUGAAAAAGGGGUGGAAGCCAUUCCCGAAUUAAAAAAACAAACAACGGUGGAAACUGUAAGCACGUUUGAGCAACCCAAAUAUUUUGAAAAGCAGGGAGGAGAAGAACAUUACCCAAAAUUACUGGCCGAAGAGGCAUUGCAAACAAGUGUCACCGAGGAAAAUUUAAGCGUUGAGCAGUCUUCAGUGUUACACGCAACCGAAAACCAAGCAGUCACUGCCAAAUCAGAAUUGUUGCCAACUCUACCUUGCAAACAGGUUCAGGAACACACAGUUCUUGAACAAAUUGAAACAAUCGCAGUAACAGCGCAAACAACACAAACCGCUACAAAAGUGUUAUCAUUUGUCGGAGGACUGGCUGUAACUAGUGAAAACACUAUAAAUGAAGGGAUAAAAUCACUGACGAUUGGUGAAUUUAAACAUGAGACAGGAUCUCUAAAUAUCACAGAGCUUCAAAGAAAAACAGUUACAGCAAUCAAUGAAGCACUCGAAAACACAGGAAAAAUACCCGAAAGUAUUAUGAAAGAAGAGUGCUAUCCAAAAUAUUCGUCAGAAGAGUCUUUAAUGGCAUCAUUAAAGCAGAAGACCGAAUCUUUUGAACUUCCGGCUGAUAUCAUUACCACAGCACCUGAAAGUGGAAAAGCAAAAUCGGACAUCGCAGCUUUGCUUCCUGAGAAACAAAUUCACGAGGAAACAAUUUAUGAACAAAUUUCCCCGAUAAAAACUGUUGAAGAAUCCAGUCACAUUGCAACCACAAAUUUGACAAAACCAAGACAAACUGCAUCCGUUUCAGAAAACGUGGUAGAGGAACGUGAAGAGUUACUGGCAAGUAAAAUAUCAGCAAAGGAAGAAAAAGGAGUGCCUUCAAUGACAGAAUUACAAAAGAAGUCUCUGGUGACCGUUGUUGAGACUUUAGAUCAACCUGAAUAUUUCGAAGGACAAGUGACUGCUGAUUUAACAGACUCGAAAAGCGUUCGCAGCGAAGCACUUCAAACCAGCGUAAAUCGAGAGACCAUUUGCAUCGAAGCACUCUCCGAUAUAAAACCAUUGGACGAAGCAGGCGUCAAAGCUAAGACGGAGUUUGCAGCUCCUUUACCUGAAAAGCAGCUAGAGGAGAAUACUGUUCUAGAAGCAGUAAAAGCAUUUACACAUAAAGAAACUUUGCAAGCUUCUGCAUUACAAACCAUUACGAACUUCCAGCACGCAACAGUAGGAGAAGUCAUUUCAGGAGAAUCAGAAGGCACCUGUCAAAGUCCAACUGAAGUGAAUGCGAAGAGUGUUUCGAUUUCUCUUGACUCGCACUUGAUGGCUCCAAACAAAAUAGAAACCAUCGGGGAAUGCUCUACAGCGCCGAUAGGAACAACCGAAGAAGCAAGUGCAGUGGCUCGAGAGGAUAUAAUCAGUUUGAUUUCAGUCAAGAAAGAAAAUACAGAGAUUUUGGAGUCCUUCAGGUCGUUUAAUGAGCCUACUCAGAGCCUUGAGACAGCCAAGGUUGUUUCAAAAGACUUGACGGUAAUACCUUCAAUUUCGGAAAAUGUUGCUUUGAGAACCGCCAUCGACUUAACACAAGUGAGGAAUGAACUAGUCACAGCAAGCGAAAACUUUGCUAAAAUGGAGCAUUCAGCUGCUUUGAGCUCUCAAGUACUAGUGGAACAAAAAGAAAUGGAGUUUGAAAGUCUAAAAACAGAGCCUAAAAAUCCAACAGUUGAAUACGAAAAAAUUCUUCCUCUGGCAUCAAAGGAAGAAACAGAAGCACUCUCAAAUGUAUCAAGUGUGGAAUCAUCAGCAAAGCUCAAAACAGGGCAAGGAGAACUAAAAAUUGACGCUCACGUGUCAGUUCAAGUAGAUACAACUCAUGUCCAUGACUCAGAAAAAUACUUAGAAAAGCCUUUGGUAACGCUUGAUAAUGCAAGUCGAAGAAUUGAUUCAGCUUUGGCUCCUGUCACGACAGAAACAGGAGUGGAGAACUUCGCAGGACAACUUCAGCCACUACAAUUGAUGGAAACACAAGGUUUGGUAAUUAUCAGCACACUUUCAGAAGUUGGGAAAAUCGAAUUUCAAUUACCGGAAACAGAGACGCAACUAGUUUUGCCAGUUAUACCGAAAGAAGAGCAGGCAUUUGCUGAUUUUAGCAAACAAACUCCAGUAAAGUGCUCUGAAGUGGUCGCACAAGAUGAAGCUGUGCCUUUGCAGAGGGCAAUUGCUCAUGAAAUACAAAAGUGUUCUGAACAUAUGCAUGCUAUGACCGUCGCUCAAUCCACACAAGUUGAAGCGACAGUAAAAGAAACCGAAUUAAUGACUCAGCGGACACAAAAGCCAGCAAUCGCUUUCAACGCAAUGGAGAUGCCUCUAGGAACUGCGGAUAAAACUCAAGAAACGAUUUUAUCUACCACUGCCGAGAGCCAAGAUUUAGAAGUUUGCACCCAAAUAGCAGAGCAAAAACUGGACGAUUUGACUUCUGUUAGCGUAUUUGAAGUGCAUCCCACAGAGAAGCCACAGGAACUUGAGGAAGAAAGAAGUGUUGACACGAAGAAAGUAACUGUCCAUAUUUCAAGCAACAGCGCCUCAGAAACAAGACAACCCGUGAUAUUGGGACUCACAGAAAAUUUGCCAGAAUUGAAGCAGCAAACAUUGAUAGCUGAAAAGAAGAUCGUGCCUCAGCAAUCUUUGGUUACACAACAAGUUGAAACUAAUGAUUCAGAACUCUUGUUCAUCACUCCCACACAGCCGGAACAUUCUGCUAAACCAGGUACGAUAUUACUGAUCCACGCUACCCAAACAAGCAUAGAAACAUGCCAAAAAACGGAAACAUUCACACGUGACAUUGAAACAGCACAAGCUGUGAGCAGAGUUACACCAAUUUGGGACAAAAUACAGAUGGAUAAUGUCAACAUACAAGCCAUUGAAUAUAAUACACUACUUGAAAACACAGUGACAGAAAACAAAAUCGAAGCAAUUCAAACACAAACAAAAGAAACGCCUAAAACCCAGCAAACAAGUGUGACUAUUUCGCAGACAUCAGACAUAGAAGCAAAACAAAGUAUGUGUGAAACACAAACCCAUGAGCGCAUCAUUCCAGAUCAGAAUACAAAACACGCAAAAUGUGCCAAACACGUUCAAGAAAUCUGUAACGACACAAUGACAGAUAUUAUGCGUAUUGCGGGUCAGGGCGAGGAAAUUGAAACAACUCAAGUUGCAAAUAUUCGAGCAGAUAUUUCUAGCGCAUUGGCGCUUUGCUCACAAAUAUUGCGAACAAACUUUUCUGUAGAGACCGAGGAAAACACCAUAUUUGAAGCUUGGAAAGAAACUCCUCCGAUGAGCGUAAGUAAAGCCCAAAAAUCAUACUUGCCCAUAUUGUGUGAACUAAUUGAAAAAUACGAAGUUCUAACUGAAUUCAAAGUGCCUGAAAAAGUCACAAGAAAAGCAAUAAUAUGCUUUGAACUAGCAAAAGCUGUUCAAGGAAUAUACAAUAUCAAUUAUGAAAAACUACAGCAAUUCAUUUUGCAAGAGUUUGAUAGCCAAGUAGCCACUUUAAAAGAUGAGAGCAAGAGGAAAGACGAUAAUACCUGUGUUAUUGUAGCACCAACGGAAGAGGAGCCACUGCUGGAAAAAAUCAUUUCAGAUAAACCGCAAUUGAAGCAGAAGAGACCGAAAACAAAAAAAGGAAAGGAAACUUUGUCAGAAGACAUUGAACUUUCAAAGGGCUUGGAGAAUCUAAUUGAAACGGCCAAGUCUACAGCAGUGAUACCUCAAAGCGCUAAAAUAACUAUUGAACCAACUUCAGCUAGCGAUAUUUUAUCUCAGCAGCCUAUUAUUGAAGCCAUGGCACACGUAAAAGAGAGUAAAACUGAAACAGAACUAGAAGACCUGAAUGAAGUGGUUCCAGCUACUACUGCAAAAGAAGUGGAAGAAAGUGUAGCAUUAGAAGCUAAAAUGAAAAAGUAUCCAGCCAAGAAGGCUAUGGCAGAAGUUGCUGACUUCACCAUUAGCCCAGAAACAGUGACCGAAACGUCAGAGACUAUAAAACCUGAAACAGAUGUUGCUGAAAUCAUUACAGAGCCAUCUCAAAUCAAAGAAGCUUCAUCUCUACAACCUUCAGUUCAAACCAUGGCAAAGGUUGAGGAGAGCCAAUACGAACCAGAAGAAAUCAAAGGACUGAUAGAUGAAGUUCCUGUUACUGCAGCACAGCAGGUGGAAGAAGGUCCUAAGCUAAAAGCAAAAAAGAAAAAGCAACCAAUUAAACAAGCUAUGGCCGAGGUCGCUGACCUCCCUUGCCAUCCAGAAUCUGUAACUGAAACAUCAGAGCCUACAGAACCGGAAGCAAAUGUUGCAGAAAUUAAAACAGAGCCAUCUCAAACCAAAGAACCUUCAUCUCAACAACCUUUAAUUCAAGCCCUGGCAAAGAAUGAGGAGAGCAAAAUCGAACCAGAAGAAAUCAAAGGACUGAUAGAUGAAGUUCCUGCUACUGCAGAACAGCAGGUGGAAGAAGGUCCUAAGCUAAAAGCAAAAAAGAAAAAGCAGCCAAACAAACAAGCUAUGGCCGAGGUCGCUGACCUUCCUAGCCAUCCAGAAUCUGUAACUGAAACAUCAGAGCCUACAGAACCGGAAGCAAAUGUUGCAGAAAUUAAAACAGAGCCAUCUCAAACCAAAGAACCUUCAUCUCAACAACCUUUAGUUCAAGCCCUGGCAAAGGAUGAGGAGAGCAAAAUCGAACCAGAAGAAAUCAAAGGACUGAUAGAUGAAGUUCCUGUUACUGCAGCACAGCAGGUGGAAGAAGGUCCUAAGCUAAAAGCAAAAAAGAAAAAGCAACCAAUUAAACAAGCUAUGGCCGAGGUUGCUGACCUCCCUUGCCAUCCAGAAUCUGUAACUGAAACAUCAGAGCCUACAGAACCGGAAGCAAAUGUUGCAGAAAUUAAAACAGAGCCAUCUCAAACCAAAGAACCUUCAUCUCAACAACCUUUAAUUCAAGCCCUGGCAAAGAAUGAGGAGAGCAAAAUCGAACCAGAAGAAAUCAAAGGACUGAUAGAUGAAGUUCCUGCUACUGCAGAACAGCAGGUGGAAGAAGGUCCUAAGCUAAAAGCAAAAAAGAAAAAGCAGCCAAUCAAACAAGCUAUGGCCGAGGUCGCUGACCUUCCUAGCCAUCCAGAAUCUGUAACUGAAACAUCAGAGCCUACAGAACCGGAAGCAAAUGUUGCAGAAAUUAAAACAGAGCCAUCUCAAACCAAAGAACCUUCAUCUCAACAACCUUUAGUUCAAGCCCUGGCAAAGGAUGAGGAGAGCAAAAUCGAACCAGAAGAAAUCAAAGGACUGAUAGAUGAAGUACCUGCUACUGCAGAACAGCAUGUGGAAGAAGGUCCUAAGCUAAAAGCAAAAAAGAAAAAGCAGCUAAUUAAACAAGCUAUGGCCGAGGUCGCUGACCUCCCUUGCCAUCCAGAAUCUGUAACUGAAACAUCAGAGCCAACAGAACCGGAAGCAAAUGUCGCAGAUAUUAAAACAGAGCCAUCUCAAACUAAAAAACCUUCAUCUCAACAACCUUUAAUUCAAGCCCUGGCAAAGGAUGAGGAGAGCAAAAUCGAACCAGAAGAAAUCAAAGGACUGAUAGAUGAAGUUCCUGCUACUGCAGAACAGCAGGUGGAAGAAGGUCCUAAGCUAAAAGCAAAAAAGAAAAAGCAGCCAAUCAAACAAGCUAUGGCCGAGGUCGCUGACCUCCCUAGCCAUCCAGAAUCUGUAACUGAAACAUCAGAGCCAACAGAACCGGAAGCAAAUGUCGCAGAAAUUAAAACAGAGCCAUCUCAAACUAAAAAACCUUCAUCUCAACAACCUUUAAUUCAAGCCCUGGCAAAGGAUGAGGAGAGCAAAAUCGAACUAGAAGAAAUCAAAGGACUGAUAGAUGAAGUUCCUGCUACUGCAGAACAGCAGGUGGAAGAAGGUCCUAAGCUAAAAGCAAAAAAGAAAAAGCAGCCAAUCAAACAAGCUAUGGCCGAGGUCGCUGACAUCCCUAGCCAUCCAGAAUCUGUAACUGAAACAUCAGAGCCUACAGAACCGGUAGCAAAUGUCGCAGAUGUUAAAACAGAGCCAUCUCAAACUAAAAAACCUUCAUCUCAACAACCUUCAAUUCAAGCCCUGGCAAAGGAUGAGGAGAGCAAAAUCGAACCAGAAGAAAUCAUAGGACUGAUAGAUGAAGUUCCUGCUACUGCAGAACAGCAGGUGGAAGAAGGUCCUAAGCUAAAAGCAAAAAAGAAAAAGCAGCCAAUCAAACAAGCUAUGGCCGAGGUCGCUGACCUUCCUAGCCAUCCAGAAUCUGUAACUGAAACAUCAGAGCCGACAGAACCGGAAGCAAAUGUCGCAAAAAUUAAAACAGAGCCAUCUCAAACCAAAGAACCUUCAUCUCAACAACCUUUAAUUCAAGCCCUGGCAAAGGAUGAGGAGAGCAAAAUCGAACCAGAAGAAAUUAAAGAACUGAUAGAUGAAGUUCCUGCUACUGCAGCACAGCAGGUGGAAGAAGGUCCUAAGAUAAAAGCAAAAAAGAAAAAGCAACCAAUUAAACAAGCUAUGGCCGAGGUCGCUGACCUCCCUAGCCAUCCAGAAUCUGUAACUGAAACAUCAGAGCCAACAGAACCGGAAGCAAAUGUGGCAGAUAUUAAAACAGAGCCAUAUCAAACCAAAGAACCAUUAUCUCAACAACCUUUAGUUCAAGCCCUGGCAAAGGAUGAGGAGAGCAAAAUCGAACCAGAAGAAAUCAAAGAACUGAUAGAUGAAGUUCCUGCUACUACAGAACAGCAGGUGGAAGAAGGUCCUAAGCUAAAAGCAAAAAAGAAAAAGCAUCCAAUCAAACAAGCUAUGGCCGAGGUCGCUGACCUCCCUAGCCAUCCAGAAUCUGUAACUGAAACAUCAGAGCCAACAGAACCGGAAGCAAAUGUCGCAGAUAUUAAAACAGAGCCAUCUCAAACUAAAAAACCUUCAUCUCAACAACCUUUAAUUCAAGCCCUGGCAAAGGAUGAGGAGAGCAAAAUCGAACUGGAAGAAAUCAAAGGACUGAUAGAUGAAGUUCCUGCUACUGCAGAACAGCAGGUGGAAGAAGGUCCUAAGCUAAAAGCAAAAAAGAAAAAGCAGCCAAUCAAACAAGCUAUGGCCGAGGUCGCUGACCUCCCUAGCCAUCCAGAAUCUGUAACUGAAACAUCAGAGCCGACAGAACCGGAAGCAAAUGUCGCAAAAAUUAAAACAGAGCCAUCUCAAACUAAAGAACCUUCAUCUCAACAACCUUUAGUUCAAGCCCUGGCAAAGAAUGAGGAGAGAAAUAUCGAACCAGAAGAAAUUAAAGGACUGAUAGAUGAAGUACCUGCUACUGCAGAACAGCAGGUGGAAGAAGGUCCUAAGCUAAAAGCAAAAAAGAAAAAGCAACCAAUUAAACAAGUUAUGGCCGAGGUCGCUGACCUUCCUAGCCAUCCAGAAUCUGUAACUGAAACAUCAGAGCCUACAGAACCGGAAGCAAAUGUUGCAGAAAUUAAAACAGAGCCAUCUCAAACCAAAGAACCUUCAUCUCAACAACCUUUAGUUCAAGCCCUGGCAAAGGAUGAGGAGAGCAAAAUCGAACCAGAAGAAAUCAAAGGACUGAUAGAUGAAGUUCCUGCUACUACAGCACAGGAAGUGGAGGAAGGUCCCAAGCUAAAAGCAAAAAAGAAAAAGCAGCCAAUCAAACAAGCUAUGGCAGAGGUCGCUGACCUCUCCUUGAGCUCAGAAAAUGUGGCUGAAACUGCCAAGUCUGCUGAGCCAGAAUCAGAUGUUGCUUCAAUCAUUAUAGAACCACCUAAAACCACUGAAAUUUCAUCCCAACAACUUGAAAUUGAAGUUAUGGUAAAUGAAGGGGAAAGCAGAAAAAUCGCAGAAAUACUUGGAAGCAUAAAUGACACUGUUCCUACCAGUACGGCGAGUAAAAUGGAAGAGGGUCCUAAACUAAAAGCAAAAAUGAAAUCCCCUACCAAGAAAGCAAUGGCAGAAGUUGUUGAGCUCCCGAGCAGUACAGAAACAUCUGAAUCACCAGAAUCUACAGAAGCAGCGUCUGAAACUGCUUCAAUCAAUAUUGAACCAUCAACAACUGCAGAAAUUUUGUCUCAACAACCCACAAAUGCAACAGUGCUAGGGGAGGAAAAAUUAGAAGACAGGAAAAAGAAAAGAGUGAGGAAAGAGGGUGUUAAAUCAAUUUUGGAAAAAGUUACUGACAUUGAGAAGCAAACGGACACAAUUCAAAUCUCUCAACCAGAACAAACAGAUUCUAAUGUCACAACACAACCACAAUUUACCACUUAUUCACCAAAUGAAACAUACUUGAAGGAAGCAGACACCAAUAUUACAGAUACGCCAACACCAGGGGAAACACUACAACAUGUACAAGCACAGAAAAAUGAGGUGGCAGCAGCAUCACACUCAAUACACGGAGAAAAAUCACCUUCAGAAAGCUCUGAAGUGUCACGAGAUGUGUCAGUGUAUGAGGAUAUUCCAUCUGAGGAAGAAUUCUUUUCAACAGAAGAAAUCCUACAGCCAGACAAACCAGUACAAGCUGAAACAAUAAAGUUGAAAACACACAAAAUCAAAUCUGAAAAUAUUUCUACUGACAUGGAAUGCACAGAAUUGGUGCGAGAAAUUGAACAGGUUAGGCAGUCACAACAAUACGGAACAGAAACAUGCGAAGAAAGAGUGGAAUUAGUUAGAGCACAAACUCAAAAGCGCCAUGAUCAGGUCGUUUUCAAUGUACCGAUAAAAAUUGAGCAGCCUUCGGUAGAAAUUGUUGAGAUAACUAGCGACGAAGAAAACUUGCCAGAACAAACAUUAACUGAACAACAAAUUACACUUGUGGAAGAAAAUGCACCAAUAAUCACUGAAGAAACUGUACUUGAGCCAGAGCCUGUACAUAUUCAGUCGGUAGAAAAAACAGUGGAAAUACAGCCAAUAGACGAGCCACUCGAAGUGGCGAAGGUGGAAGAGGUUGUUUUGCUAGAGGAGAAGACACCUAAACAGAAAACAAAGAAGAGGGAGCGCAAGGCUGCCGAAGAACCUAAAGAAGAAAAGCCAAAAGAAAUUAUUGCUCCUUUAGAACCCAAGAAAGAGAAGCCAAAAGAACAGAAACCUCUUGAGGAACCCCAAAAAGAAAAGCCGAAGCUUGAGAAAUUGAAAGUGGAAAGAGUACAAAUUACUCCGAAAAAGGUGCAGAUGGUGAAAGUUGAAGAAGUUCCACAAUUCAUGCAGGUAAAGCUGAAGAAGGCAGAAAUAGUACAGCGAGAAAUUGAGUCUGUCCAGCUACCCGAUGUCAAACUUAAGGGUGUCCAACAAACGGUCCCGUAUCCUCCUGAAGAGCUUAAGCCAGAAAUUAAGCAAAUUGAUGCACCUGUUCUCCAACAGGGUAUAAUUUCAAGAAAUACGGAAGAGGCAGCUAAACUGAAGCCUAAAAAGAUUAAAAAGGUGACCAUAAGUGACGAGGUUCUCGACUUGGAAACCAUGGAGUAUGAACGUCCAAACCUCGAAAAGUACGAAAAGUUGAUAGACGAAGCUGAUAUUGUCAGAAAGAAAAAGAAGGAAGUCGUGAAAAAGGAGUCUGAGGAGCUAACUGAACGCACUCUUGUUAUUGGUAAAGGAAAAAUUAAAAAGGAAGAAACAGAGUCAGUUGACGUAAAACUUAAGGCAAGACCUCAAAAGCCAAAACAAGACGAAGUUACUGAGGAGGUUAAAUUGAAGCCGAUAAGCAAGCCAGAGCAAGAAGUUGUUCAAGAAAGCAAGGACCUUAAGCAGCAAGAAAUGAAACCUCUCGAAGAGCUUCGACCAAUUGCUGAUAUUGAAACAGAGCCCUUAGAGAAACCUUCAACAAUCGACUUCGAGAAACCAUCAAAGCCAAAGAAAAAGAAGGAGAAACCAUCAAAACCUGAAGUGGAGGAGCAGCCAGUGACGCAGCCUGAAGUGAGCGAGUUUAAAAGACCCGAAAAGGAGAAAGUAGAAACCCCAGAAGAAAAUAUUACAAUUGUUAAAGGCAAACCAAAACCAAAGGUAGAGGAAGAGCCGGAAGCAAUAAGUCUCACUUAUAAACAACGUCCAAAAGAGCCAGAGCCGGAGGAACAAAUCCAGCUCAAACCUUGGAUUAAAGAGGCCGAGGAAAAACCCAAAGCCCUGCCCGAAGAUGAUGUCAAAGCUGAACUUACACUUCCAAACAUUGAAGCUCCAAAAAAGAAAAAGAAACAAAAAACAAAGGAAGUGAUUCCCUCUGAAUCAGUUCAGUCAGAGGAAGUCACAGAGCCAAUACCCGAAGAAAAAAUGGCAGAAGACAAAAUGGUUUCACGAGUUGAAGAUCAGCCAAUAUCCCAAGGCUCAGAAAUUGUUUCGGAUAUUUCUACAGAAAAGCCUGAAUCGGUUAUUCCGGAAGAAAGUACAGAGCCUGAUUUAAAUAAGCCUUUAUCUACUGUUCCCCAAGUUUGCGAAUCACCUGCAGAGAUAAAGCCGAAACUCAAAGUCGAGGCAGAAGAUGAUGAGCCAGAGGUCGGGACCUUCUCCAUAAAGCCAAAGAAAAAACUAGUCAAAGAAGAGGUUGAACAAGAAUUUUCGUUAAAAUCGAAAUCUUACGAAGAGGAAGAAGUCGAUUUGACAAAGAAAAUUAAGAUUGGUAAGAAACCAAAGCCAACUUUGGUUGAAGAAACAGGUGAAGCAACUCUUAAGAUGAUCGUACCUGAAAAACCAGAGGAAGUCGUUGAAAUUACAACCCAUAAAGAGAGUGAGGAAGUUUCACCAGCAGAAACGUGUGAGCCAAUUACACAGCCCGAAAUUGUCAAGGAAGAAGCGACCGUUCAGAGAGAAGCUGCUCUGCACACUCAAACCACAGAAAAGCAGCAGCCGCAGAUGCUAGCUGCGAUGAAGGAGGAGCCUGAUUUGUCCAUCAAGCCGGCUGAAAGUAUUGAGACUGAAACUACCCCCGCUGAACACGCCAAAGAAACGGCAGCUGAACAAGUGGCUGAAUCAGUUACUAAGAGAGAGCCGCCUGUAGUCAAAGAAGCAGAGGUUCCAGAACCCCAACCGGCUGUUAAGGAACCAGAGGUUGUAGAACCAAAACAGGUUGAAAAGAUACUAGAGGUUCCGGAACCACAACCGGCUGUGAAGGAACCAGAGGUUGCAGAGCCACAGCCGGCUGUGAAAGAACCAGAGGUUGCAGAAUCACAACCAGUUGAUAAGAAACUAGAGGCUCCGGAACCACAACCGGUAGAAAAGGUAACAAAAGUUCCUGAGCCGGAGGUAAAAGAACAAGAAGUUCCAGAAUCAAGUGUUACUCUGAAGCCAAAAGGCAAAAAGAAGAAAACCGUUUCAGAGUCUGAAGAAUCUGUAACCUUAGCAAAGAAAAAGCCAGCAGAUGAAGAAUUAACUGCAACCAUCCCACUGAAAAAGCAACCAGAACCAACAGUCGAGGAGGCUGCGACUGAAAUUUCAAUCGUGAAGCCACAAGUUGUAGAAGAAGCUGUAGCGUCUGUAGCACUGAAACCAAAGAAAAAAGUAACGGUUGAAGAGGAAUCUUCCACGUCAGUGACACUUUCUAAGAAAAAAGAAACAAAGACUGAAAGCUCAAGUGAAACAAUUGCACUGAAAAAGAAGCCAAAGCCAAAGGUCGUAGAAGAGGCGGCAGAGGAGGCUACGAUAGUAAAGCCUCAGGUGGUCGAGGAGGAGCAAGUAGAGCAUGUUGUUGCUCUGAAGCGACGUCCAAGCCGAAAGAGCAUCGAAGAAUCCGAACACGAGUUCACUGUUAGCAAACCUGCCAAGGCGCCUGAAGACGUACCUAUAACUGAGAACAUCACUUUGAAGCCAAAGAAAGUGUUCGCAAAGCAAGAAAUUGAGCAGGAAUUUACUUUGAAAUCGAACACAUAUGAAGAUGAAGAAGUGAACUUAUCGAGGAAAGUUACUCUCCCUCGCAAGCAGCAAACCACAUUUGUUGAGGAGGCCGGUGAAAGCACCGUAACGAUUCAGCAUGAGACAAUAGUCGAGCCAAUAAUCGAGGAGGAGGAGGAAGAAGAGUACUCUGUUCGUGAAGAAGGCACGCAGGACGUCAAAAUGAACCUGAAAAGAAAACCAGCGGCCAAAUCAACAUACAAUGUUGAGGAGAUCGAGGAGCAAGUUCAGGUCGGUUUAAAGAAACAAAUCCGACAGGAAGUCGAGUACGGGGAAGAUUCUCUCAAUUUGCAAAUAAAACGAAAACAGCAGCUGUCAACGACCACUAUUGAAGAGGAUGCCAGCGCCAGCAUUCAGCUUUCUGUAGAAACAGAAGAGUCACAAAUAGUUGUUAGUGAGUGCCACCAAGGUGACAAGAUGUAUGCUAUAUGUUCUUAUGUUGCCGAAAACGAAGAAGCGCUCAAUUUAGUGGAAGGCGAACGAGUAUACAUUUUAGAAUGUCACAAUUCUGACUGGUGGUUCGUAAAGAAGCACCUCACAGAGGAAAAGGGCUGGGCACCAGCUCAGUUGCUCAAGGAUGAGAAUAAAUACGCCGACUACAUGCAGAAGAAGUUGCAUGAAAAGAUCGACAAACUUCCAGUUUUUGAAAAACCGUCUCCUGGUGAGCCUGUGUUGGCGCCAAGAUUCCUCGAGAAGCUCAAACCACAGCAUUCGCCUGAUGGUGGAGCAGUAACCUUCGAGUGUCGAGUUGAGGGAAGCCCCAGGCCUCUAAUCACAUGGUUUAGGCAAACCGCCAUCAUCAAGCCUUCCCCCGACUUCCAGAUCUUCUAUGACGACAACAACGUCGCAACCUUAAUAAUCAAGGAGGUGUUCCCCGAGGACGCUGGCUCGUUUACCUGCGUGGCCAAAAAUGCUGCUGGUUUUGCUUCCAGCACAACAGAGCUGUUCGUGGAGGCGCCGCUAUCUGAUCACGGCUCUGAAGUGAAUGUCGGACACUCUAGAAAGAGCCUUUCGAGGGAAUCCUCUCUAGCAGAUAUCCUGGAGGGCAUUCCUCCGACUUUCUCGCACAAACCGCGCACCCGUACGGUGGACGAAGGUUCGUCAGUGGAGCUUGAGUGCAGACUGGUGGCCGUGCCUGAGCCUGAGCUCAUCUGGUCGUUUAAUGGCCAGGAACUGAAAGAGAGCAGCAACGUGGUUAUCUCGAUGGAUUCUGACAUGCACAGCUACAUGACGCUGGUCAAAAUCAAUAACGUUCAGAAGAGCCACGAGGGCACCUACGAGAUUCUUGCUCGCAAUCGAGAGGGUACUGCUUCUAACCAAGUCAGCAUUAAGGUGAUAACUGGUGCCAAAGAGCCACCUCAGGUGCUGGAGCCGUUGAAGAAUAUUUGCAUCACCGAGGGCGACAGUGUAAUUUUGAACACGCAGAUCGUGGCCACCCCAGCAGCGAAAAUCGUGUGGUUGCGCGAGGGCAAAGAGGUCAAGCCUGACGGAAAGAGCAUCGCCGAAAAGGUGGAGAAGGACAGCUAUUCGCUCAUCAUUUAUCACGCCAAGAAGAGCGACGCUGGCGAGUACACGGUGACCGCUGUCAAUGAAGUCGGCUCUGCCAAGACUUCGGCUUAUCUCUCAGUCGAAGAAAUUGUUGAGCUCAAACCUGAGCCACCGCUGUUCAUCCAACGCUUUGAGGAGCAGAGAGUAGCUCCAAAUGGAGUUAUCCGUCUGGCUGCCAAGGUCACCGGCAACCCUCAACCGGAAAUAGCAUGGUUCAAGAAUAACAAGAAGCUGAAGAGCUCGAAAAUUAUCAGAGAAACAUACGAUGGAGAAGAUAUUGCUUUGGAAAUUAAAUGCGGCGCCGACGGCACCGAAGAGGGUGACUACACGUGCUUUGCGACUAACUCGAUUGGCAAGGCUUCUCACGGAGCACGUGUCACAAUUGUCGGCGCUGAUGUAAAAUUCACCAAGAAACUUGAGUCUGUCGACGUUGAAGAAGGCGGCGUCGUCAAACUUGAGUGCCAUACCUCGCAAGCAACCACUACAAAGUGGUACUUUGAGAACCGUGAGCUGUACCGCGACACAAACACAACCAAAUACGAACUCUACUCGGAAAAUAAGAAACACGUUUUGAUCAUCAAGAAGAUCGAAAAAGAAGACGUCGGCCUAUACAAGUGCACUGUCAACGAUCAGUUCACUCAGGCCACCAUCACAAUGAAAGAGUCAGGACCAGAAUUUGUCAAAAAGUUGAACGACAUGGAGGUGAAGGAGCGAGACGUUGCCUUUUUGGAGGUGGAAGUCUCCUCAGAGAACGCCAAAGUCACUUGGCAUAAGGAUGGCGAAGAGCUGCAGCACGGAGACGAACGCUUUGACUUUGAACGCGAAGGAAAGGUUCACAAAUUGCUCAUCAGGGCUGUUUCCGUCCACGAUGAGGGCGAGUACACGUGUGCCCUUGGAGAGCAUGAGUGCACCGCUGAGGUCACUGUAGUAGAGCUACCGCCUGAAAUCAUAGGCACGAUGAAGAAUGUGACCAUCGCAAAGGGCGAGCGCGCCACUUUCGAAAUCGAGCUGACUAAGGGUGAUGCCCUGGUACGCUGGUUCAAGGACGGCACAGAACUCCAAUUUUCAGAGCAUGUGCAGCUGGCCAUUGACGGCAAAAGACAGCGCCUGAUGGUCUACAAUUCUUUACCUGAGGACGCUGGAGAAUACUCUUGCCAGGUUGGAGAACAAACGUCGAAGGCGACACUGAAGGUCGAAGAGCCAGCGGUGGAGUUCCUGACGAAACUCCCUGAAGUGACCCUGACGCCUCAGAACACAGAUGCCAUUUUCACCGUGGAGCUGUCGCAGCCGGGUGUUGAAGUCAACUGGCUAAAGAAUGGAAAGCCGAUUGGUGCCUCUGACAAAAUAAUUUUCACCGCCGAUGGGGGCUUGAGACAGAUGAUCAUGAAGAAAGUCACAAUGGACGACCAAGCGGAUUACACCUGCGUGGCUGUCAACGUCAAGACGUCCUCCAAACUCAAAGUCGAAAUUAUUGAAUCCGCUCCAAAACUGAACAUCGAUGACGUGCAAAAAGAAUACCGUCUGCGAAAGGGCGAAAAUGUCAAUGUUAACAUCAAGUACUCCGCCAUUCCUCAGCCUCAGUUUGAAUGGACCAUUAAUGGAAAAAUCAUUAAGCCAUCAAAGAGAAUCGCGCAAACCAUGGAGGAGGCGUCGGCAAGCCUGACAAUCACAAGCGUUGAAGAGCAAGACUGUGGAGACCUGACACUGAAACUGAAAAACAACUGCGGUGAAGCUUCUGCCGAGUUCAAACUCAUCAUUAUGCAGCCUCCAAGUCAACCAGGAACACCAGAGCUGAUUGAGGCCACUAAUGAAAGCAUUACUGUGCACUGGCGCGCGCCAGAGUCGGACGGCAAUGCCACCAUAAGCAACUAUAUCCUUGAGUACCAUGACCGCACUGAACUGAGCUGGACCAAGGUGGACGCCACCAUCGCAGAAACAACACACAAGGUGCUUGGAUUGAAACACAAUGUCGACUACAUGUUCCGUGUCACAGCGGUCAACAUAGUUGGCAAAAGCCCCCCGUCUGGAGUGACCAAGUACAUCAAGGUCGCAGCACCUGUCGCAGCCGAGCCUCCGGUAAUUCAGCAGCCGCUGGUUGACAUCGUAUCCGGUCUAGGCGCGACUGUGACCCUUUCGUGUGUCAUCGGUGGCGUGCCUGAGCCAGAAAUCAAGUGGCUGCGCGACGGCAAGCCGUUUAGGGCCAAGAGCAUGAGCUACGAGAACCGCAUCGCCAAAUACGUCAUCAGCCAGGUGGAGAAGGGCUCUGGCGCCAAGUUCACGUGCCAGGCCAACAACUCCGCGGGCAUCGCAGAGACCAGCUGCGUGCUGCUGGUGCAGGAAAAGCCGCGCCUGGUGCUAGUUGAUGAGUCGCAGAUUAACCAGAAACAGAGAGUCAACAACCAAUGGAAGCUGGAGGUCAAAUUCUCUGGAUUCCCACGGCCUGAGAUCGUUUGGAGCAAGGACGGACGCAAAAUCGAGUCGACCAAGAAGUGCAGUCUGUAUGUGGACGAGGAGUCGACCACCAUUGCCAUUUACACCCUGGCCAGGGACGACACCGGCUUGUACCAGGUUUCGGCCACCAACGCAGCGGGAACUACCUCGCUUGAUCUCAAUCUGUGGGUUAUUGAUGAUACCUUGCGUUUGAGCAAGUCUAGAUCUCCUAGUCAGGAGCCGAUCGACAAACCAAGCAAGCCGGAAGGUCCACUCGUGGUCAAGAAAAUCCAGAAAGAGUCGGUCACAAUCGAGUGGAAGCCGCCAGCCGACGACGGCGGCCUAGAAAUUUCAAAGUACUCCGUGGAAAAAUGCGACGUGCAAAAGAUGGUCUGGAUGAAAGUGGCGGACGUCGAGGGCGACAUCAACUCGUACGCCAUUCAGAAAUUGAGAGAAGGGUCCGAGUACAUGUUCAGGGUGACCGCGGCCAACCCCGUGGGCACCUCUGAGGCACUUGAGAGCGAGACCAUCGUUGUCAAGAGCCAAUUCGAACCACCAUCGGCACCGCGAGGCCCGCUGGAUAUUUCCGGUAUGACAGACACAUCUGUAACAAUAAAAUGGCACCAACCUGAGUCUGACGGCGGCUCGCCGAUCAUCGAAUACCUUGUGGAACGCAAGGAGGUCGCUAAGAAGGCAUGGCAGAAGGUCGGCAACACCUCUUCUGAAACAACACACAUUGAAGUCACGUCACUAAAGCUCAACACAUCCUACAAUUUCCGCAUCACAGCGCGGAAUGAGGCUGGCACUAGUUCUCCAUUUGCACCAGACGAAAUCAUCACAAUCGGCAAAAGAAUAACUCCACCCUCAAGUCCAAAACUCAGCGUGGUCGAUGUUACUAGUCGCAGCGUUACCUUGCAGUGGUCACCACCAACAAGCUCUGGUGGCUCUGAAGUUACAGGCUAUAUCAUCGAAAAACGGAUUUCAAGCAGCCAGUCGUGGGAGAAGGUGAUCACCUUGGAGCCUUCUGUCACGCAGUACUGCAUCUUGAACCUGAAGGAAAAGUCUGAGUACUACUUCCGAGUGUACGCCGAAAAUGCGAUAGGCCUGAGCGAGCCAUCUGAAACUGGUCUAGUGCAGCUCAAAACGCAUGCGUCUCCACCUUCACCGCCGACCGCGCCACUGGAGGUGCGAAUCCUGGGCCCGCACACCAUCACCGUGGCCUGGGGCAUUCCAGAGAGCGACGGCGGCGCGCCCAUCGAGGGCUACACGAUUGUAGUCAAGGAAGCGCGCAAGACUAUGUGGAUGGAGGUCGGCAGGGUUAAGGCCGACGUCCAGAAACUCAACAUUAAAGACCUUCAGGAGGGACACGACUACAUGCUGCGCAUUUUCGCGCGAAACGAGGUCGGCCUGAGUGAACCCUUGGAGUCUGAGGAGCCAGUUAAAGUACUCAGACCAGCCGGCUGCCCGGAAGUGCCGGGCAGGCCAAUCGGCCCAGUCGUAAUCGGCGAGGUGACUGAGAGCUCGGUGGAACUGGACUGGGAUCCUCCAGCGAUGGACGGAGGCAGCCCCAUCCUCAAGUACAUCGUCGAGAUCAUCAUGCACCCGACAAAGGACUGCGGUUCCAAAGACGUUAUAAAGCGACGCGAGGAGCUGGAGGCGGACGAGACAGGAAUCAUCAUUAACAACCUACCGCAGGACAUUCUGUGCAACUUCCGCAUCACAGCAGAAAAUGAAGUUGGCUGCAGCGAAGCUCUCACGCUCAAGAAAUUCCUCAGGGUGAACGAAACCAUAGCGGUGCCAGGUCCACCGGGCCGACCAGACGUGGUCCUGCCACCCACCGACGAGUAUUUGCUUCAGUACCACCAGCCUGAUGUCAUCACAGUGCGUUGGAAGCCGCCAGAAUAUGACGGAGGUACCCCACUCACAGGCUACCUGGUGGAGCGGCGGGACACAGCGGCGACCACAUGGGUGCGCGCGCACGCUGCCCUCACCAGGGACCCCGAGGUCAACCUGGCCGGCCUCGAGCCGGGCCGUAGGUACCAGUUCAGGGUGAUGGCGGAGAAUGCGCUCGGGUUCUCAGAGCCAUCCGAGCCGACGCCGCCAAUCUCGUUCAACAUCGGCAGCGUAGCCACGGUGCCCCACUUUCUCAAGGAACUCAAGGACAUCGUCGCGGCCGAACACGAAAAAGUGACAUUUUCUGUGCAAGUUUUGGGCACACCGACACCGCAGAUCGCCUGGUACAUGGACGCCUACGAAAUAUUCAACUCGAAAAGGAUCAAAAUUGUGACAGAUAACGAACACAGCUCUCUAACAUUUUUCCAGGUGGCUUUGAGCGACGAGAGCGAAAUUAAAUGCACGGCCACCAACAGAGCAGGACACAUCGUCACUAAAGGAAUGCUCAGAGUUGAUGCUCCACCGCGGGUCAAGUUUCCGAAGAAUUACGACGAGGGGAUGCUCUUUGAACUUGGUGACGUAAUCAGAUUAAAAGCGAGUAUCAGCGGUCGACCGCCGCCCAUUGUCUACUGGCUCCACAACGGCGAGGAGCUGCAAAACGACGCGAGGUGCGAAAUAGUUCAUUCCGAGCACAGCACGACGCUGCGCAUACUCGACUCGAAGCGCGAUGACCGCGGCGAAUACGUCGCCAGGGGAAGCAACGACCUGGGCGAGGACAACGCAGCCGUGCUGGUCACGGUCACUGAUCGUCCUCUGCCACCGGGGAAGCCUGAAAUCGCUACGCACAGCGGUAGAACCGUGCGUUUAGAGUGGAGGGCGCCGAAAGAUGACGGCGGAUGCAAAAUCGGAAACUUCACAGUUGAAUACUACAGGAUCGGGUGGAACGUAUGGCUGAAGGCUGCAACCUGCCGCCAGCUUGGCGCCACCCUGGACGAUAUGAUCGAGGGGUCGGAGUACAAAUUCAGGAUCAAGGCGGAAAAUCCAUAUGGCAUGAGCGACCCAAGCGAGGAAUCCGACACGGUGUUUAUUCCUGAUCCAAAGCGAGGUUUGUACAAACCACCAACUAAAGAUCCAGCGGCCGACAACAGCAAUAUUGCAUCCGACGAAUGGUUGGAGGAGAGAAGGCGGAAAAGGGCUGAAAUGUUUGGCUUUGUUGAACCAAAGCCGGUUGAGCCCGCAAAACCAACGCCUCAGCAAAAAGAAGCAUCACCUGAGCAUGUCGAAGAGGAGGAAGAAGAUGAGGAGGAGGAGGGGGAGGAGGAAGAAGAAUCUGAAUACUCUGAUGAGGAGGAAGAACUUGAAGAAGAGGAGGAGGAGGAUGAGGAGGAAGAAAUCGAAAACGAGGAUGGUGAAUCCAGAAUGCACAGAGGCAAUUCCGACGAGCUCAUGGUGGUGCUUGUCCCCUCCAAAGACAAAUUAAACGACGCUCUAAGUGUCACAACUGGAAGCAACACUGAGCAAUCAAAGAAGCCCGAUUUGAAACAGCAAGACUCGCUGGACAUGCCACCUCCGCCAAUGUCAUUAUCGUCGCCCGAGUUGAGUGCGCUCAACAUGCGAGCUGAUGAAAUAACACCAAUCCAAUUCCAAAGAAACGCGGUGAGCUCCACUGAAUUGCUGCACGAGAAGGCAAUGGCUAGAUUAUACCAGGCGCUAGCUGCAGAAGAGGCGAGGAACGAGAAAAAGCGACAAGAAACCAUGCAGGAGGAAGACGCGGUUGAAAUGACUCAGGCUCCAGAAAACAUCCUCCCGAGGGCAAAAAUCACAGACACGGGGCAAUUUGAGGAAAUUAAGCCUCCUCCAUCCCCAGCCCCCGAAAAACCUGCACUUAAAUCGGUACUGAAGAAGCCAAAGAGGAAAAUCCCAGAAGUCGGCCGGUUGGAAGACGCCAAGAAGAACAAAACGUCCGACUUUGAGCACCACCGCACACACACUCCAGUCACUUUCAGUGAGAGCUACAAGGAUGUCGACAUCCGUCCAGUGUCGCCCUACCUUCGUGGUCCGUUCCUCAACCGUGACCACGAUUACGAUGACGUCGAAGAGAUGGUCAUCUCGAGGCCAACGACGCCGCGCAGUGUACGGAGCGCACGCAGCGUGUCACCGUUCAGCAGGGUAGUCGUCAUGGACAAGCCCCCUGAAGGCAUCGUGCUGGAGCCUUCGCCGCCCCCACAACCUCUGCCACCGCCAAAGAAGCAGAGGAUCCACAGGAAAGUGGCUGAGGAAGCGGUUGACAUGAACAGUAACGAAGUGGAAGUGUUAAAAGUGCCGGAGCCAGAGCUGCACGUCAUCACCGCCGACGUUGAAGUGCCCAGGAGGAGGGUUCUCAAGUCGAGUUUGAAAAAACCACCGAGGCGAACGGCAGAGCUUGAUCGUGGGCCGGAGGAGGACAUGAUGGUGGUUGAGAAAACGGAAAUCGUCAUUGAAAGCGUUGAAGAAGCUCCUAAAGACCUGCAAGUGAAGCCGGCCGCUGCCGAAGGCGGAGAGAAGGAAAUUUUUAAUGCCAUACCAAAUGAGCCGGUGGUCAGUCAUGCGGACAAGAGGAAAGGCAUGAUCAUUCUUGACAAAGAGGACAUCGAAGAAAACGAGCCCGAACAACAAGUGCUAAAAUUGGAGAAACCGCUCGAAGUGGAAAAGCCGCAAAAGGUUGAAAUACCGCAAGAUUUAGAGAAAUUGCAGGAUGUGGAAAAAUCGCAAAAUGAUGAGAAACAGCAGGAGGCGGAAAAGCCACAGAAGGCCGAGACACCGAAAAAAUUGGAGGUGGAGAAACCGCGGACAGAACUUAAGGUGCCAAUAGUUCCGGUGGAGCCAGCUGUUCAGCCGUCACCUUCACCGUCCAAGAAAAAGAGGAGCUUGAUAUCAAGAUUAUUGUCGAAAGACAAAAAGGAGGUGCCUCCCGAGGAACCAGCGAAGGAGGAGAAAGUCAGGGAGAGGCCUCCGAGAAGUGGCAAAGCAAAAGACAAAAGGGAUAAAAAACUAGAGGAGAGUGCCAGAGAGGAAAUGGCAAAGGAGAAAAAAGGCUUAAGCAUUUUAGGAGUGAAAUUGAGGAGACCCACCGAGAUGGUGAGGGAUGAGGAAGGGCCGGACACAUCGUCCAGAAGAAAAGCGUUCCAGCAGCAGACUUCGUCAUUGCGGAUGAGCACCGAGUCGCAGAAGGCAACUGAGGACGCCGAAUGCAGGGCGAUCGUCGUUUCGCGAUAUGACGAGCUCAUUGACGCCAUAGACUCGGGAAGACGGUCAGCGUCGACCUCAAGGAGAAUGUUUUUGGACUUGGACGAGCUAAAGUCGCAAGCAGAUGGAGAUGAGGAUCCCCUGGAGGAUUCCAUCCACUCUAAGAGCCCUGUCGACCUGAAGGAAGAAGAGGAUUCAUCAGCUAAAGUUAAACUUCUUCCAGGAGAGGAAUUCGAGGAGGAGACAUGGGAGGAGGACGAAAUCAGCGAAUUGCCGCCUUCCCCUCCCCGCUCGGCCACUCCAAAGCACGAGUGGAGCAACCUUCAAGUGAACGCCGAAGAGGAGGAGAAGCCUGUGUCCAAGGCCAAGAGCAUCAGCAGACAUAGCCGCUCGGCGACGCAGUCAGGUGAGGCGGCCAAGGAGACUCUAACCAAGGCAACCAACAUCGCGAUCGGUCUGUUUGUUGUGUGGCUGUCGAUCACGGUCGACUGGCACCUGGGACUGGGCGUCGUGUGCCUCUACCUGCUACACAGGGUGUACGUCUGGCUGAAGCUCAAGUUCCUGCAGCUGACCGGGCUGGGCGAGCUGAAGAAGCGCGAGCGCAGCCCUGAAUUCGAACCCGGCGACGACGUGCCCGACCCUGACCCUCUACCCGGCCUCGCCCUGCUCGCCCCGCCUCCUCCCACCCCUCCGAUCUCGCCCAGCAGGCUGAUGCAUAUCAUCCCUGAGGAGGACGAGGAGGAGGGAGUGGACGAGGAGGAGGACGAGGAGGAAGCGCUGGACGGGGAGGACGAGGGGCAGGCUGGGUCGUUGGACGGGGACGAAUUGAUUCUGGACGAGGACGGCAACCUGAUCAGGGCAAGGGUUGCCUACGACUAUGACGACGACGAGUACGAUGAGGACGAGUUGUUAGAGGAGGAAUUACUUGAAGAUGAGGAGGAGGAGGAAGAUGAACGAUUAAAGAGCAUUCCAUACCGUUACACUAGACAGCCUGAUUGAGGCGAUCCUUGGCUCGAUUUUUAGUGACACGGCAGCUGCCCCAGGGUUAUUUCAGGAUUAGCUGUUCCACUUCACGCAGAAAAGACCUUGCUUUCUUUUCGUAUUCAAUUUCUGCAGCUUCUCCUCGUGCGAAUUGUAACGGAAGAAAAUAAUUGAAAAUAGCAGACCCUUUUCCUACACUGCUACUUUUUUUUAAUUUCUUUUUAACAGCCAGAGGGCAUCGCAAAUGGCACGAAAGAGGGCUGCAGAGGAUGCGAAGUGUAAAAGCAAUGACUUUUCUAUGUGCAGAGGUCAGAGCAACCCUGAGUAACCUGGCCAUCCACGCAGAUUUGGUGGUUAAACUGUGAUAAAUUUUGCCAGAAGCCUAGGUUGACUCAAGCAGGAUUGCAAACCCGAUUAGGCGCCGGGAGAGCUCAGGGGACGGCGCCGCGGCAAUUCAAUUGUUUCCGCGCUGUCCCCGCGGCCGGUGCCACUCCAUUCCCUCUUAUUUCGUUUCCAGGAUUCGUGUUCUUCUAUUUCGGUUGAGCUUCACAAGCGUUUCUUACCAGAGAAUGGACUUCUACUAUUUUCAAAUUAACUCCUAAAAUUGCUUAAGUGCGAAAAACUAACCAAAUACUUCUCUCCUAAAAAAGUGGUCGUGUGUAUUUAAGUUUCCCUCGAUGAAAAAAAGACUCAGUAAAUGAGCAUGAAAUAAUAACUAUCAGUACUUGGUGGAUUUUGCUAUAAAAAUGUAUAAUUUAUGCAUGAUUGUUUGUUCGUGUGAAUUGUGCGGACUGCGCGGCAAGAAAAAUGUAAUUUAAGAAUUUGUUACGCAUUCUCUCUCCAGAGAGCUGAAGUUUUCACCAGCGACACGGAAAAUAAGCAACCGGCAACCGUUCCUGUGUUUUGAUAUUUUUUGUUAAUCCUGUGUAGCGUAAAUAAAUUUAAGCAGCGUUUUCUGUUCCAUUUA